GAGGAGGAUCUCCGCGGCUUGGGGAGAAAGGGAACAAGGGCAACUGGGUGCACUUUGUCUUUAACAGGCUCCGGGCCAAAAAUCCGCGCUUGCAGGCUCGCAGGCAGCGGCGGCGUAACAAUAUCCCCACGUGACUGCCAUGAAAGCCUCUGUUCCAACCAGCCAGCCACCGAGGGAGGAAAAGAAACUUACAAGAGGUCGGAGAAGAGGCGCCGCUCGUCAUUUACGCACUAGAGAGAGAAGCCAAACCUCGGGGAUGUGAUACGAAAUUGACCAGAAAGGGCUGGAAAAGACGGAUUUGGCCACGCUUCUGCCCUCCCCUGUUUUCUCUCCACUUCUCCGCGGUUUUGCUUCGCUCUCCUGUCACUCUUAACUUCUUCCUCCUUCCUUCGAAGGCUCCCUUUCCCUCUCCGCCUCUUCCUUACUUUUGGAUGACUUUCUCCCCCACAACCCCAUCUCCCUCCCUUCUUCUCCCCGGCUGCAACUGCGCCCCGAUCUCCAAGGUAACGCCUCUCGCAGCAACAUGCCGGAGCAGAUCAGCGUCUCCGAGUUCGUGGCCGUGACUUCGGAGGAUCUCAGCUCGCCGGCGGCUUCCAGCUUCGCCUCCAAAUUGCAGAAGUGCCGGGGGGCCGUGGUGGCGCUGGAAGAGGUGAGAGGGGCGGCGAGGAAGUGGGGCUUGUAUGGGGAGGGGGGACGAGAAAAGGCUCUUUCGUUGGGGGAAAAGGCUGGGGAACCGAAAUGGUUUCCUUACACCCCGCCAUCUAAAAAUAAUAAUAAUCGCGCCUUUCUUGCGCGUAAAAGUGGGCGCGGUUGUCUCCUCGGCGCGGCGCGCACCUGAGCCUUAACCUAUUUACUAAGAAACAAGCCGCCCCAGUGCUCAGUGGGGCUUGCUUGCAGGUGAUGAUGCAGAAGUCAGCAGCAGGUUUAGUUCCGCGUUCCUAGCUCUCGCCACUUUCUCUAAAUUUUACGGCUUCCUUCAGUUGGGGAAGGGCCCAAACUCGGCAGGGGAGCGCCAGUCUUUGUGCGCAGAGGGUCCCAGGGUCCUUCAGGCUCCAGGUCGGAUCAGAAAUGGCCUUCGCCAGAAACUAAGAGUGCUGCUACUUGGCAUUGUAGACCACAUCCAGCUAAGUGGCUCCAACGUCUGCUCAGCUCUGUCCUCCAAGAGAAGGGGGGUGGCUAUGGGGGACUGCUGCCGCCUGCCCCUCGGCAACUGUCAUCUGAGGCAACCAUCCACCUUUGUCUUAUGGUAGGGGGCCAGUCCUGAAAUCAAUAGUACUGUAAAUUUUCUGCCUGAAAGUUAUUGAGUUCUGAGGCAGGUGCUCACGAAGUGUGGCAAAGGGAACAUCUGUAGAGCCAAGGUUGCCCCUGAUUUGCGCCAACCUGAGGGACACCUGAUGCAGCCCAAAUACAGCCCCAGAUAAAUGUGGGUGCAAGGCUAACGUUCCAUUAGGGGUUUUUAAAACCCCAAAUAAGCAUAUGGUUAGGAGGGGUGCAGGAGCAGAUUCUGUGCCAACCCCCUCCCUCCAGGAACAAGAGGGGGUCAACUCUGCAGGCUGCUUCUUCUCAAGCACCGUUCCUGUUGAUAGAGCAUAAGACUCUUAAUCUCAUGGUCAUGAGUUUGAGCCCCAUCUUGGGCAAAAGAUUCCUGCAUUGCAGGGGGGUGGGCUAGAUGAGCCUUGUGGUCCCUUUUUAAAGCACUUGCAGAAGAGCACCCUGCAGCCUGCAGGAUUGAAUCUGCCACUCACCAAGCAGGUGAGUGGAGGAGGAUUAAAUUCUGAAUCCCCGUGGAGAGCGUUCAGGGAAGCAGAUGCCUUGCAGCCUUCUCACCUCAUGCCCUGCCCCCUGACUGUCCCAGUUCACUCUGGACGACUCAGUCUGGCCACGGCUGUCUUGAUUUGGCCCAAGCUGAGAUCCCCACAAGUAGGUUUGGUUUUGAUUGGGCUUUGUCCAAAUCAGGCCCACUUGCCCUACUUUGUACUUGACAGAUUCAGAAUCCAUAUUUAUCCUCCUUGUAAUUAUCACUCCCAGCCAUGCAAGUUCUUCUUCUGUUCAGAAUGUAAGACGAGAUUCUGUGAGUGCACGGUCAGCAUUCAGGAGGCCACUCUUCCCAAGCCAACCUGCUUUGGAGGUGCUCAGGCUACGUAGCCCUGUACUUUUUCUUGUUUGCUGUGACCCCACUAAACAAACUUUUGUUUGUUGAGCCUCUACUCCACUUGGAUCAAUACUCCGUCUGCAUUUGACAUGAUAUCAUAGUUGUUCUUCAUCCAGAUGUCUCUGUGUGUUUGUUCUGGGAGAGGGGCUGUGAGAUUUCCAAGUGACUCUUUACCAGGAUGCUAAGAUGCAUGCAUUUGGAAUGGUUACUUCACCCGCUUCUAUAUUAUGAACCAGGAGAGAAUUCCUGGGAAUGGGGACAAGAGAUGAGUACCAUUUUCUGAAGGCUUAUCAUUAAGGCAACUACAUAUCCUGUUUUAUAGAAUACAGUUUUUUGUUUGACAGCACCCUCCGUUGGAAGGGCUGUCAAGCCCCAGUCUAGCUAAAACAUAGGAGCAUAAGAGGAGCCUAGCUGCUGGAUCAGGCUGGUGAAGCAUCUAGUUCAGCAUCCUCACUAUGGCCAACCAGACUCCCUAGAUUAGGGGUCAGCAAACUUUUUCAGCAGGGGGUUGGUUCACUGUCCCUCAGACCUUGUGGGGGGCCGGACUAUAUAUUUUUUGGGGGAAAUGAACGAAUUCCUAUGCCCCACAAAUAACCCAGAGAUGCAUUUUAAAUAAAAGCACACAUUCUACCCAUGUAAAAACACCAGGCAGGCCCCACAAAUAACCCAGAGAUGCAUUUUAAAUAAAAGGAAACCUUCUACUCAUGUAAAAACACGCUGAUUCCUGGACCGUCCGUGGGCUGGAUUUAGAAGGUGAUUGGGCCAAAUCCGGCCCCUGGGCCUUAGUUUGCCUACCCAUGCCCUAGAUUUUCCAGCAAAUGGUAUCCAGAGGCAUACCAUCUUUGAUGGUGGUCAAACAUAGCCAUUGUGGCUACUAUCUGAUAGCUAUGGAAAUGCCCUGUUAUCAGUGUGAGAUAAGUGGAUUUCUGAUGGUUGUUAUUGUUUAGUCGUUUAGUCGUGUCCGACUCUUCGUGACCCCAUGGACCAGAGCACGCCAGGCACUCCUGUCUUUUUCUGUUGGUAGCCUAAGGUUAUUUCUGCAGCCCUCAAACUCUGAGUGUUUGACACAUGCCAGUAAAAGUUCCUCCGAUCCAUGCUUAUUCCAGGUUUGCAGAGAUGAAUGUUGAGGUAGGCCAGAAAUAAGAAGAAUCAGUUUUGGAAUAGGCUAGCAACCCCAACAUAUGUUUUAUAUUUGCAGUCUAAAAGCAGGAAAUUCAAAAAGUGGGUUCAUAUUCAGACUAUAUCUAUUUAAAAUUGAAGGGCAAGUUAGUGGCUAACCUAAAUCCAUUAAAUUCAGUGGGACUCCUCUGAAUUUGACUUAUCUGGAUACAGCCCAGUAUGCUUUAGUCUUGUUUUUUUUAAACACACACUCAUACACAGAAGUCUUUCUAAAGAACAUGGUUAGAGGCCGUUUCCACAAACGAUGCUUUUCUUACAAUGUUGGAAGUGAAACAUCCUUCAGCCAGAAUUGAUGCCUUCCACACUGAGUCACACACUCUUUAUUAAAAAUGAUAUUUCUUAAUCUCGCUUGUUAAAUAAUGCUUUGAUUUCUGUCCCCACACCCCUUCCAAGAAACCACAAGGAGUGUAAUCUUGGAUGAUAAUGUGAAUUAUCUUUUUGACAAAAUUGCUGCCUUCCACACUGAGUAAUGGACUCUGGAUUAAAAGGCAGAUUUGUUAAUUUGUCUUGUAUAAGUGCUUUGAUUUCCAAACCUUGAGAACUGCAGUCUUGGGUAACGAUGAGCAUUCCAUUGCAAUUCCUCAAUCUGACAUUACAGAUACCUGCUCACUUUCUGAAUUCUUUACAAUCCCCGAGGCAGCUCUGAGAACUCUACAUAAUGGAGACAUUGCAGUGCUGAACUUGGGCUGGAGACCUCCCCUGUUCCAAAAGUCGCUUCCAUUACGCUGCUGUGCUAUACAGUGCCUUCUCUAGUGCAGCACCAUGAAACGUAUCUGAUGAGUUCUGGGAAAUGGGAAAACUUGCAUAUAUACACUUUGGUCCAAAAAACAAAAAAACGCUUAGACUUUCUUGGUCUCUUCGGCUGUGUGCUUAAUUUUCUUUCAAAACUGCUCCUUCAUGUGGCCAAUCUUGCAUCUGCAUAGUUCUCCCUGAGUGUCCCCCAGAGAUGGAGUCAAGCUGACUCAUGUAUGUGAUGACUCCCCACCCCUAACCAUAGGGGUGGUUCUCAGGAAUCAUCUAUAUUUGGGGGCUGGGAAGCCGUGGUCUUCCAGAUGUUGUUGAACUCCAACUCCCAUCAGCCCCAGCCAGCACUGGCAAUGUCAGUGAUGGGAACUGUAGUCCAGCCACAUCUAGGGAAGGUCUCACUUUACCCACCCUGUAUAUAAUGCCUUGUUGCUAAGUCAGAGGCAGUAAUGCUUCUGAAUUCCAGCUUCUGAAUUGCAGGGGAAAGUGCUCUUGUGUUUGGGUCUUUGCACAGACAUCUGCUUGGCUGCUUUGAGAACAGGAUACUGGACUAGACGGAUCAUUAGCCUGAUCCAACAGGCUCCUCUUACAUUCAAGGAGUGUGCUUGAAAUGGAUCUUGGAUCCCUCUCCAGUUUGAAAUAGUUGUUGCUUUAUGAUUGGAAAUAGCUCCAUGGGCUAAUUUUUGAGGUCGCCGGGAAGCAGAAUAUAAAGGAUAUUAGUAAUAUAAACAAUGUUAGCAAUGCAAAAUAAUCAUCAUCAUGCUGUUGGGUUGUGUGCCUUUGAGGAUCAUUUGCUACCUGGCUGCCUUGCAUAUCUGAUCCAUACACCUCACCCAUGAUCUGCUGCUUUGUUGCCUCUUAUCAAAUGCCAAGCUACACAGCUGGUGGUCAAAGGGCACCUGCAUGUUGUCCUGGCUUAUGUGUAUGUUUCCACACUCCAGUAACUGUCAGACUCAUAUAUAUGCCUAUAAGGCUCUCGAAGCAUUUUUCAAAAUGAGCAGAAAUCUAUUUGUAUUUAUUUUUAAUAAGACAUUUCUUUACACCCAAUUGGUCAUGGGCAGUUUACAAAGAAAUAAGGUAAUAUAGAAACUGAUUAGAAUACAUAAUGAACAAAAACCAUUCUCCUAAAUUCUGUAAAUAGCAUAGUUUAAAAACACCUUAAAAAUGGCACAAUCCCAUCAUCUGAUAAAAGCUCAGUGAAAUAGGUGGGCUUUUAAUUUGGUGCCUGAAAUAAUACAAAGUUGCUGUAUGGCACACAUCAUUGGGGAAGCCAUUUCAACACCAAAAAGGGGCUCCCAUGGAUCCUUGCAAUAUGCACCUCAGUCAACACAGAAAUCACCAGGAGAGUCUCUUCCACUGAUCUUACGCCAGGGUCAGGUUGAUAGGAGAGAAGGCCUUAUCUAAGAUACUUGGGCCCUCAGCCAAUUCAGGGCUUUAAAUGGCAACAUAAGAGACUGCAUGAGAUGGACGACUGGCUGCCUGGGACUGGCGUGAGGUAGAGUCCAUCAUCAUCAGGAUAGCUUGACCACAGCUGCCUAUGCACCAACCUCAUGGCUGGAUUACUGCAAUGCCCUCUGUGGGUGUGUACCUUGGGGGUUGGCCUGGAAGCUGAAGCUGGUGCAGAACAUGGCGGCUAGGUUGCUUGUGGGGGCAAACUAUGGGCAGCAUAUACACAUUGUUUUCAGGAUUUGCACUGGCUGCCGAUCUGCUAUGGGGCAAAUUCAAGGUGUUGUCACUAACGUAUAAGGUCCUGUUCAGCUCAGGACCAGGUUACAGGCCACCUUAUCCCUUAUACACCCAGUAAAACCUUGUGGUUUCUCCUGCAAGUUCCACAGAUAUCAAAAGCUUGUUCUGCAGUAACUCAAAGUGAGGCUUUUUGUGUGGCUGCUCCUGUUCUGUGGAAUUGCAAUCCAGCUGAGAUAUGACAGCUGCCCACUAUCUGCAUUUUGUUGGGCAAAAAAUGAGGACAUUUUUGGUCCAACAGGCUUUUCCAGCUGUUUUAGUUUUUUAAAAAAAUGUAUCAGUUGCUUGGGGUGUUUCUCACUGGGGUUUUUUGCUGCUUUUAUUGUAUAUCACAUUGAAGCAAUUGUGUAGAAGGUGAUUAAUCAUGAUGGCAAUAAUAAUGUCUAGGGCCACAGACUUUCCAUCCUUGUUCGAAAGCAUUCUAUGGAUGACUUCUGCAUGCUUCAAUUUCUCCUACUUGGAUUGUGCGGUUGGAUGAAUUUUAGUUGGUUUGGAUUUUGUUACUUUUCCCUGUGUCUUUUUGGUAAGCUGUAUUGAAUAUUGGUGGGAAAUAGUUGGGCGUGUGGUCUAAACCACUGAGCCUCUUGGGCUUGCCGAUAAGAAGGUCGGCAGUUCGAAUCCCCACGAUGGGGUGAGCUCCCAUUGCUCGGUCCCAGCUCCUGCCAACCUAGCAGUUUGAAAGCACUCCAAAAAGUGCAAGUAGAUAAAUAGGUACUGCUCCAGUGGGAAGGUAAACGGCGUAUCCAUGCGCUGCUCUGGUUUGUGUUCCAUUGCGCCAGAAGUGGCUUGGUCAUGCUGGCCACAUGACCUGGAAAAACUGUCUGCGGACAAAUGCCAGCUCCCUCGGCCUGCAAAGCGAGAUGAGCGCUGCAACCCCAAAGUCGUUUGCGACUGGACUUAACUGUCAGGGGUCCUUUGCCUUUACCUUUAUACUUGUUUUAAAGAGAAGGGACUUUGUGGGGCAGACCAUCUUGAUCAAUAAACCCUUCAAAUACAUUUGUGGCCUGAACUCCGUGAGGUUCAGAAAAAUCUGGAUGUGAAACUUUAAAAGUGCUUCUCUCUUCACUACAUUUUUAUUUUGCCUGUUGAGGUAUUUUGAAUGCUACAUGGGGCUGAUCCUCUUCCUCAUUUUAUCCUUGCAGCAAUCUUGCAAGAUAGGCUGUGCCCGUGAGGUAGGAGAGUGAUGACUCAAGGUCCUAGAAUUACAGGGUUCCUUCCAACUCUACAAUUCUGAGGGUCAUCUGGUCCAACCCCCUGCAAUGCAGGAAUAUGCAGUUGUCCCAUACGGGGAUCAAACCUGCAACCUUGGCAUUAUCAGCACCAUGCUCUAACCAACUGAGCCAGGUUAACUUCAUAGUGGCUAAGUGGGGAUUUGAACCCUCCCCUUCCCUGUCUGCUGCCUUCUGACCAGGAUGCCACUGGGCACAACCUUUCCUGUUGACUAGAUGGAAACUUGCUAUGUUACACUGCUGUCUGUCAAGUCAUUUGUGCAGAAUAGCAGGAGGCUGCUGUCCGUUGUAUCGCUGGUCGUUCCUGUGACACUUUUGCUAAUGCAGCCAAAGUAUCGGUUGAACUCCUUCCAACAUUAGCAUCGUCCGUAAAAAUAGAAGCCAUGUCCAAAUGGCCUUCUGUAAUAUAGAGCCCUUGAUAUUUUGUUGCAGCUUUUUUCUUCGAGUGGGCCGUUGCCUUAAAAACGACAACGACAACAAGAACAACAACUGCUUGCUACUGUGAUCUGGCACUAUUCAGGGUGGAAAUGAAGCAAUAGGAUGUUCCUGAAUAGACAAAUUGCAGAAGAUGAGGAGCUUAAUUGCCCAACAGACAUGUUGUGGCCCAAGAACUCUGCAAGAUGCACAUUGUGGUGGCAGCCUCCCCAAGGCGGUUCUAACACUAUUAGAGUACAGUGCCUCUCUCCGGUAUGGUGUUGGCACACAUUUGGAGAGGCUAUUGCAUUGCACCUGUGGUUCACCAGAAAUGCUCUGUAAUUAAACUGUCUGACCUCAUGAGAGCCGAAGAAAAGCCCUGCUGGAUCAGCCUCAUCUAGUCCAGCAUCCUGUUCUCCCUGUGGUCAACUAGAUGCCUAUGGCAAGGCUCCAAGGAAGACCUGGACACAAUAGCAGUCUUUCCUCUUGGGAUUCCCAGCAACCAUCAUUCAGAGGCAUGCUGCCUCCAACGGUGGGCGUAAGGCCCUAGCCACUGAGUCUGGUAGCCAUUGGUAGCUUCAUUCUCCAAGAAUUUAUCUAAUCCUCAUUUAAAGCCAUCCAAGUUAGUGGCUUUUGCUGCCUCCUGUGGGAGUGAGUAAAGGUAAAGGGACCCCUGACCAUUAGGUCAAGUCAUGACCGACUCUGGGGUUGCGGUGCUCAUCUCGCUUUAUUGGCCGAGGGAGCUGGCCUACAGCUUCCGGGUCAUGACUAAGCCGCUUCUGGCAAACCAGAGCAGCACACGGAAACGCCGUUUACCUUUUCGCCGGAGCGGUACCUAUUUAUCUACUUGCACUUUGACGUGCUUUUGAACUGCUAGGUUGGCAGGAGCAGGGACAGAGCAACAGGAGCUCACCCCAUCGCAGGGAUUUGAACCGCCGACCUUCUGUGCUACCUGCGUCCCUCACAUGGGAGUGAGUACUGUAGCUUAAGUAUGGGGGGGGGGGGAGCUUGCUUUUCUGUCCUGAAUCUUCCAACAUUCAGCUUCAUAGGAUGGCUCCUGGUUCUAGUAUUAUGGGGGGGGGGGGAGAAAGAAACCUUUUUCACUUUCUCCACACUUCACAACAGUCCCCUCAAGAGUAGGCUGCUUCUUCUUCAUUUGCACAGAGCUAGAAACAGGUUAAGAAGUCACAGCCAUCCUGCAGUUUCAGUUCCAGACAAAGCUUUGCAGUUAUUCCAGAUCCACUCUUCCCAUGAGCUCAUGCUGACCUACUUCUAGAUCAUGCUUGGAAUUCUGUCUUGGCCUCAUGACCUCGUAUAGUUUCCAGGUCAGGUGCUGGAAACAAAAGAACUACACCUUCCAUUGGUUGUACAGUGCUGUAUUUUUUAAGUUUAGAUUUGCUGGGAGCCUAGUGAUGCUACUCUGGCACCCCAUCUGGGAGAAUCCAUUUGACUUGGGGGAACUGUUUUGCCCCUGAAAGUUUCAGGGUAUAUACUGAAUUGUGCUUGCUUUUAUAUUCCUUGGCUCUUUUGGCCUGUGGUUGGCUUGUGUGCAUGUACCCCGCAUUACGCAAAUGAGCUCCGCUUCUGCAUAGUUAUGUCCAGAGCUAUACAUGACCUGUAGGUUGCUCUAAAUCUCCAUUUUAACCGGUUAGACAAGAAUCCUAGAAGCCACAGCUUGCAGAUAUUUCCUGUAGUUAAGCAAAGUGCCAUUGGCCAUCCAUGUGUUUGGGAGACGUCAUUUCCUCUGGAUAGCAAACUCAGGCGCUGGGUGCCAAUUGGAUUGUAGCCAAAUUUGGGACACUGAGGAACAAGAGAGGAUAUAUCAUUAUGCAGGGUUUGCAGAGGGAUGAAAAUGUAUGUCAAUCAUCUGAAGUCAUAACGACACUCACUUGUAAAGUUGGCCCACAGGGAUGGGGAUUUGGCCCGUUGGUCUAAAAAGGUUCCCCACCCUCCACCCAAAGUGAGUGAAGUGGUUGAGGAUGCUAGGACUGAAUUCAGUGAAGGUUGAGCUCAUGGGCUGCGGCCAGCAGGUCAAAGCGAAGAACUGCAAAUGCCUCCCUGCUAUGAUGCUGUCUUACGAUUCUGAAUGGCCAGGGCUGUGUCUUAUUUAUAGUAAAUUAUAUCUGCCCUGCUCAUCCCACCCACCCCAGAUAGAUACCAGGCUGCCUUUCAGCAUAGGUUCUCAUCAAAUUAUAGCAGGUAGAAUCAAGCUGGAGCUAAUAAUAAUAAAAAACCCCAGCAUUUAUAAUUGCCGUAUAACAAAAGAAAUGCACCAGCGAAAAAGCAACCCUGAUUCAAAACUGGAGUCGGAGGUGGUUAAAAGAACAGAAUCUGCAUCAGGCUUGUUCUAAAGAUGCCUGGACAACAUUUCAGAACGCCGGAGGCAGGAGGGGAAGUUGGCAUUCCUGUCAGAAUGGUGAGCCAGGGAGCACCCCAAGGUUGAGGGUCUGACGCAAUUUCAAGCUGAUGGCCAGAGCUGUGACAAGAUGGUUUCUCUCUCCCACUCCCUGGUUCAGCUCCCCACUUCCUAAGGGGUUGAUCACCUUUGGGGAUUCGCAAUACUUGCCGCGGCAACCUUUACAAACUGAAAUGUGGAAGGAACAAACCUCACGUGACACCCGGCACUAUUCUUGUUACAGUGGACCUCAAAAAAAAUCUGUUCUCCAGAUUCCCUGUAGCAUUCCCUAUGUAUGCACUUGCUCAGGGAGUUUUUCAGUUCAUGUUAUUGCUACUGGAACACCUCCAAAAUGUUUCCGGACAUACUGAUGCAGAUUUCAAAGAACAAGGGGUGAUAAGGCAUCAAGAGAUAGUCAUGGCCACCAACUUGGAUGGCUUUAAUGGAGGGGAAGAAUAUCAGUAGCUACCAGCCAGGAUGGCCAUACUCUCCCUUCCCUGUUGGAGGCAGCUUGCCUCUGAAUACCAGUAGCUGGCUGGAGAUGCUGUGGUGCUCAGAUUCUGCUUGCGGGAUUCUCAUGGGCAUCAGGUUGGUCAUUGCAAGAACAGGAUGCUGUGCUAGAUGGGUCUUUGACCUCUCAUCCGGGAGGGCUCCUUUUAUGAGUAAAACAAGGGAAACCUUCACUGAACAGGGGAUAAAACAGCAUACCUCAGAGCAGUUGCCAACAUGCUGUCCUUCAGAUGUUGUUGGACUACAACUCCCAUCAGCCCCAGGCAGCAAGGCCAAUGGUCAAGGACUAUGGGUAUUGUAGUCCAACAACAUUUGGAGUGUACUACUUCUAGAGAAAUUGCCUUGGAGUGACAUUUCCUCAAUAUUGGCUAACAGUUAAAAAAAAGACAAAGGAAAAAUAAGCUAGUGGAUAUUGCCCCAUGCUACAAGAAUGGAUUUCAAAAGUUGGUUUCCUUCCUGGGCCAAGGCCAGAAACUCUCCUUCACCUCCAUCCACCCCAGUCUGGGUCUGCAUAGGCUGGAUUGAAAUGUUGUUUUCAGGAGAGAGAGAAAGUCUCAUCAUGGAGGAAGAGGUGAAGUGGAGGAGGGACACUGUACAGACAUGUCUGGGCAAACUUCAGACACGGAAAUGGAGAGCUAAUUGAGCCUUGUGACAAAAUUCUUCAAAACGCUUGCAAAAACAAACAAACUGUAUGUGUGUGUGUGUGUGUGUGUGUGUAGGACAUCAACCUUGGCCUCCAGUCUAUGAAAAUAAUUGAGAAAUCCAGGAUUUUACUGUAACUCUAUCCUGGGCAGUAGUCAGUCCAUCCUAAAGCAAAGGUAGAGAGUGAAAGAUAGUUUUAGGCUGUUAAGUAGAUUGCAGCAGUAACUGGGGAGGGGGUGAUUAAUUGCUCCCCCCCCCAUGGUGGAUACUUCAGGGUGGGUUGUUCCUGCUAGUAUGAACAUUUAAAUGUGUAUAUUUUAUGCAAAGGAUUGAAAUCCUUGUUAUUGAGAGAGAGAUGGGUGGCUGUUCUUAGCUGUUGAUAACAUUGCUGUACUUGUUACGAUGGAUAAAUAAUGGCUGCAGUCCUUAGAAUACACUGUUCACUUUUAAUCUGGAAUCAGUCCAAGCACAGGGAUCUGAACCUUAGUCGUCGUAAAUCUGAAAAUCUUUUGCCCCCCUACCUACUAUCUGAAAUAACUGUGCCUGGUCUUUCACUGAAUGUAGUACAGUAUUGCCAGCUUAAGAGGAAUUGAUGAAAGAUCUACAGCAGGGGUAGCUGACGUAGUGCCCUCCAGCAGGAUUUGACUACAAUUCUCAUUAGCCGCAGCCAGGAUAGCCAUGAGCGACCAUGUUGGCUACCCAGGAUCAACACUUUACGACUCAUGAAACUAGAGUUAUUUUCACAGUUUAAGGUCAGCAAUGAGGAAAAGUGGGGCUCUUGUGCCUUGAAUCGGGCAGAAAUUAAACUGAUUAAGCCUUUUCUAGUAUGGAAAUAAAAUUGCAGGGAAAACCUUGCCUGUUGACACUCUGCCUGCCAAGCAUCUUAGUACUUGACAUGUGACCUCCCGAUUUAAUUCUGAGCCUUCCACCCCACCUGCAAGGAAUAUGCAAAUUUGCAUGAUGCAAAGUACAUGCAUUAUUUAUGCAAAUGCAUGCCCUCUUUUGCAGGUAGGGCAGAGGGCCCAAAUCCACAGACGGUGUACAGUAUUGGCCUCAGAAAAUCUUCUUGGCACCCCUGACUCUGAAUAUCUUUUUUUAUACUCUGCUGCUCCUAAUUUUAGAUUUCAUAGCUGCCCUUUUCAGGCUGGGCUUCCUUAACAGUUGGCUGUGUUUUAUUGCCGUACCAACCAGUUCCCACUUCAUUGAGCAGCUCUGCAAAGUGAAGAAUGGCUCUCAUUGAUCUUACUUAACAACCAACGUGCAAAAGAAAGGGCGAUUUCCAAAGAGGCACUCUCUUUCUGACAGCCAGCAAAAGAUUCUGUCUGGCUAGCAGGGCACAUUUGGAAGGAAUUCAAGGCUGAUUUUAGAAUGCAGAGUGUAAAUUAGACAAUUGCACAGAGAGGCUCCGUGGGGUCAGUGAUGGGGUCUAACGCAGUCACAGAUGGAGGCUGUGUGAGGUCACCACCAGCUACAGGUGCAGAGCUGUCUCCUCUCUCUCACUCUGGAGACAUUUUCCCCUUGCAUCUCUGCAUCUGUGGCUGAGCUGAUUAUCCUCAAGGAGGGGUGUAUAUCUCUGAGAUUUUGGACUGCAGCUGCAGAAGUCCAGUGGGGCGUGCACAGCUGCCGGGCUUGGCUUCUGCUGGCAUGAGCUUGGGGAUCUUAGAAAGUAAAAUAAAAAGCAGCGUCUUUGGGCGAUUGUGGAAUAUGGUCUGUAAGAUGCUACAGUAUUUUGCACACCAGGACGCCUCUUUUUGAACUGUUGAUAGACCUAGGGACAUAGCUAGUUACCUUGGAUGGAGGCAGACCCCUGGCACAUCUAGUUCCGUACUGUCAUCACUGAUUGAUGGAGAUGCUCCAUGGCUUCAGAGGGGGACAUUCCUAGUCCGUCUUGGAGAUGCUGAGGAUUGAACCUGGAACCUUUUGCUGGCAAAGCAGAUGCUGUGUUACUGAGCUGCGGUUGGAUUGUCGACAGUGGGUUGUGGGACGGUGAUGUCUUCCUAGCACUUAGUCAACCCAUGGUUGGGGAACCUAGGACCCUCCGAAUGUUGUUGGACUCCCCUCAGUCCCAGCCAGUAUGCUGAAUAACCAACAGUAAUGGGAAUUAUAGUCUAGUGCACUGUUUCUCAAACUUGGGUCCUUAGCUGUUGUUGGACUACAACUCUCAUCACCCCUGACCAUUGGUCCUGCUAGCUAGGGAUGAUGGUAUUUGCAGUCCAACAAUAGCUGGGGAUCCACAAAAGGUUUCCCCACACUCUAAUCUAACUUCCUUGCCUUAAAAAACAAAGGUACAGGAGAAGUUGCUAGAGAGCAGCUGUAGCGGUAGCGACGUCCUCUAGAUGUUGUUAGACUGCAGCACCCAUCAUCCCCUGACCAUUGGGCAUGCUGGCUGUGGCUGAUGGGGUCAUCCAACAACAUAUGGAGAGCACCACAUUGCGACUCCUGCUGUAGAACAAGAGAGAGAAUGGAAUACAGGCGACUCUCAACUUAUGCUUGGGUUAUGUUCCGGACAGUGUUCAAAAUUCAGCAGGAGCCAGGCACAUUUUGCACCUGGCUAUUAACCACUUAGGGAUGCGGGUGGCGCUGUGGGUUAAACCACAGAGCCUAGGGCUUGCCGAUCAGAAGGUCGGCGGUUCGAAUCCCUGCGAUGGGGUGAGCUCCCGUUGCUCGGUCCCUGCUCCUGCCAACCUAGCAGUUCGAAAGCACAUCAAAGUGCAAGUAGAUAAAUAGGUACCGCUCCGGUGGGAAGGUAAACGGUGUUUCCGUGCGUUGCUCUGGUUCACCAGAAGCGGCUUUGUCAUGCUGGCCACAUGACCCGGAAGCUGUACACCGGCUCCCUCGGCCAAUAAAGCGAGAUGAGUGCUGCAACCCUAGAGUCGGUCACGACUGGACCUAAUGGUCAGGGGUCCCUUUACCCUUUACCUUUAUCAACCACUUGCAACCAAGUGAAGAUGCCUGGGCUCCAGGAUGGCACCUGACAUCUCCACCAUCUGGAGGUGCAUGCCUGGGGAUCACUGGAUCUUGACUGUUUUCACACGCUAACACCACAGCCUGCAGAAUUCUAUCUGUUAUAUUUUAUCUGCACAAUUAGAAUGCAUUUCAGGAACCAAGAAGUCACAAUGAAAAAUACGACUUUCAGGCUGUCAGGCCCAAAAAAUAACAACCAGGCAUUCCAUUUUGGGGACUGGUUUAAGGAGCCAUAUGCCACCUAGCUUAUAUAUCUGAGUUUGUGAAUAUGCACAAGCUGCAAGUUACCUGUACACUGUACAGCAGACAGGUGAGCUUUCAUUGUUGAUUGGAGGAGUGGGGCAUAGAUCUUGGCUUAAGAAUAGGCAUGUUUACAAAUGUUUCGACUGAACAAUGCUAGAAUGCUUGCAAGAACUUCCAGAUCUUUGAAAAUAGGAAAGUGAAGUCUUUCUUCUGAGAUGGCAACAAAAUGCAAGGGUGUGGCCUCAUUCUUAGCUUUAUGAAAAACAUUCUCAGUUGCAGCAAAUCUGUUUGCUGCAACUGAGAAUCUCGUGCUACUGUGUAUAAUUAGCAACAAGCAUUCUGCCUCUCACCUGCGUCUGGUCUUCCAGGAACAACGUCGGUGUUUGUCCCUCCUGCAGCUCCUGAGACAGGCUCAGGCCUGCCACGGACACUGUGGAUGCCGGUGGAGCCCUGUUUCCUUGCCUAGGUGGAUUCCUGACUGUGAGGUUCAUGCUGUUUUCAGGGAGCAAUCAGAGGCUGACUCAGGGGCAAAUCCAAGCACUGAUGGUUGCAGGUUCAAAUUCGUUUAUUUGCAAAUGUAUAACCCACAUGUUCACAAAAAUAUAGCAAGGUGGAGUACAACAUCUGAAGAUAGUAUCAACGAAAAGAUCCAUAAAAACAGAAAUAGAUAUCAGUACAUACUGAUUGGUUAAAAGGAAACCACCCAGAGAUUAAGAGCUCUACUGACUGAGCUAUCCCAGCUGUUAACAUCAGGUUCUAAAGAAAGAUCUACGGGUGUCUUCCAUGCAUGCUGAGGGUUGUGUUGGGAUCCUCUGGGUUGUGUGUGCUCUAAUGCAAGUGCUGAUGAUGUCCCUUUCCUUAAGAAGACCCCUUUCCCCCAGCCAAGCUCCCCUCCCCUCCACAGUUUUCCUCUGACUUCAUCCCAUUUUAACAAAUGUUAUCCCUUGCUUGACCCUAAACAAUUGCUUUCUCCCCAUCCAGAUGAUUACAUCCUCCAAGUAUUUUUCCAGCACUGUUAUCAUGACUGAACCUCAGCCAGGCUUCAGGUUAACUCUUUGCUGCUCCGUCCAUCUUUGCAACCUGUUUGAUGGUUUGUGGCAGUGCUGCUCUCUUAGAUAAGCAGGUAAACAAAGACCCCUGUAACUUGGGAUGUGGGAGAAAUAAAUUCAGUUUGCUGUGAAAAUCUGGCAAAUAGCGCUGACAGAAAAAUUAACCUUAAUCCCUGUCCACCGACUUGCACUGAAAGGCUAAGCCCAGGCUUUCUGAUAUUUUCCUUCCAAUCCCUUCUAAAUAUACCCAUCUCAUGACAAUGGCUUGGAGUGGUAAUAUCUAGGGGGGGGAUACAUGUUUAUUGCUACAUCCCAAGCUUUGAUUUAUACAGCCAGGGUAUCACAUCCCAUUUGCUGCUUGAGGUGGAACAGGAAGUGCCUCCCUGCCCUGCUGCUGCUGCCGCCAACACCAUCCGCUCUGCUACCACUGCCAGGAGGCGCUAAUUUCAGGGAAGAUCACACCAGUUUUGGGUGAGAUGGUGCCACUGCUUCUCUUGCCUCUGGAGGAGGCAGUGGGGUAGGUGGGGUGCCUGCAGGAGUGCUGCCUGGGGGACUUCUGGCACCUGAGGCAGCCUCCUCCCCCUGCCUAAUGGCUCUGCCAGCUGCAUACAGCUAAGGUGAAAAGCUACAGUGUGCCGCAUUGCUGAUUUAGGGUCAAUAGCCAAUUGAGGUUGCUUGUGGUGAGGGCCGGAUUUAGGUUUGAUGAGGCCCUAAGCUACUGAAGGUAAUGGGGCCCUUGAUAUGUCCAGCUGUCCUUUGUCAACAACAAAUUGUCUGUUGAAUAUGCUAUAUGGUAAUUUAUGGAUCUAAUAGGUAUCUAAAGCCAUUUGCACAUACACAAUACAAAACACUGUUGCUGUAUGUAGGUUUUGUUUUAUUUGUUUUUUAUCUUAUAUUUUGGAAAUGUACGCCCAGUUGUUGUUUUUCCUUUACAUUUUUUAGGGGCCCCCAAGAGAGUGGGACCUUAAGCUAGAGCUUCCUUAGCUUAUACGUAAAUCCAGCACUGCUUGUGGUUGUUCCUUCUUAGGGAAGAGCUGUGCGGUAGGGGCUGCCCUGAUCUCAGAGGUGGAAGGGAAAGAAUGCUUCAGGACAGCAAGACAGAUGGAACCACUGCUAGCUUUAUCUGUAACUUGAAGAACUUGCUUUUCCUUCCUCCCUCUCAUUACCUUUCCCCUGUGUGUCAUAUCUCUCUUGAAUUGUGAGCCUGAGGGCAGGGGCUGUCUUAGUAUUGAUAUUAUUUUUUUGGUCUUGAGAGACUUUUUGGCUACAGGGGUGGUGUGCAAUUGCUCAUUAAUAAGAAUAAAAACGCAAAACUUUUGCAAAAUUGCAAAGCAGCCAAUAUCUGGUGACCCUUUGUGUGCGGAUGAGCACUUAACAGUAAUGGACAUUUUGCCUCAAACGGCCAAAUAGAGAGAUGUUGAGGCUGGUGUCUCUCCUUUUUACUGUGGCAGAAAGGCAUCUUUAAGAUCCUGCUUUGUAUUGUGAUUCUUUGUUUGAAUCCCUCCCAGCGAGGGCAGAAGGAAAGUGGGAUUGGAAGUUGCUUUGGAUGGAAAGGAGGGCUCAGGAGAUGGACCUGUUUCCACAUUCACAGAGGCUCCUCUUUGGCUGUUGGGGGCGUUUUACGCUUUUGGUGCCUCGGCCCCAGCUGCCUUCUUUCUGUUCUCCAUGCAUGCAAAUAGCUUGGUCGGUAGAGCAUGGGUUUACAUCAGUCAGGGUCAUGGGUUUGAGCCCCACAUUGUGCAAAGUAUUUCUGUAUUGCAGGGUGUUGGACUAGAUAACCCUCAUGGUCCCUUCCAACUCUACAUUUCUAUGAUUCUACGAUUCAGAUAACUUUUGUGCGCAUUUGUAAGGACACAAUUCAGCAGAGAUCUCUACCAACCUUUUUAGCCUCAGUGGCUAGCUGCUUGACUUCUCCUUUUGCAUGAGUGAGGUGAAACAAACCAAGCAGUCUUCAGUUAACCAUAGUUUCCCAUUUUCUCCAAACCAGGAAAGAUUGUGACAUCUGAAUUGCACCACUGACGGUUGGUUUCUAAACAGUGAAAUACUUAUGCACUAGGAAGUAAUAGCAUGCACAAGAAAAGGACAAAACGCUUUGCUUUCUUUAAAAAUACAAUUGACCUUCUUUGGAUGACCUUGGCUAUCAUUUUAUUGGGCAGUAUAAAAUGUCACUGGAAUGGAUGCUCUUAAAUCCCACUGUAGUUUCUCUGGUGUUGCAAUUUACGUCUUGAAUAUCUCCUCGAACAGGCCUUUUAAACUUUACUGCGAACCUUUUCUCCCCCUCACUCCCCAAUACCUGAAAUUAUACCCCUGGAUGGAGAGGCACCUUCAGGGAUACUGUAACCAUGGACAAAUGACUGAAGGGGGAGUAUCUGGCCUCCAGAAAGGAAAUCCCUUCCUGCUAUUAAAGGUUCCUAGUCUUGAUGGCUAUUUGCUGCCAGCCAGGAUUAGAGGCAGGCAGCAUGCCUGUGAAUUCCAGAGAGGGUUAUGAUUCUCCUGCCUCCUGCUAGGCAAAAAGGAUAUUGUAGAUAUUCUGAUAGGGCAACUAAAAUGAUUAAGGGGGUGGAGUGCAGGGCUUUGAACUUUUUAGCUGAGAGGAAAAAGUGAGCAAGAGAUGACAUGACAGAAGUUUCUAAAAUUAUGUAUGACAUGGAGAAAGUGGAGAGAAAAGUUGUUCUCCCUCUAGAGACCCUGGGGAACAUGCAAUGAAGCUGAAUGUUGGAAGAUUUGGGGCAGAUAAAAGAAGGCUCUUCUUCACGUAGUGCAUAGUUAAACUAUGGAACUUGCUCUCAUGGGAGGGGAGGCAGUGAUGGGCACCACCCUUCCUCACCAUGUCUUUGAUUCAAACGGAUGUCUGUCUGUGCUCUACCUGAACACAGGCUCCUUUUUUGUAAUUGGCUAUGUCUUUUGAAACAUAGUAGUGUUUUGACUUGUGUACAUCAGAGCCAACUGCUAGGGGCCGAGGUCCCUUCACACCCCCAAUAAAAUAAUUGAGGAGUCCCUCCAAAUUUGAUGGGCAUUGCCAUUCAAAUGGUGAGUGUGUGCCACAUCUUGUGAUCAGUUACGCAGGAUGGUGCUUACCUGCCCCUCCUCCCCAUGUUUUGUUCAAGUUGGCACCCUUGCUUGCGUAGUUUUGCUGCUGCCUUUGCUGUGAGCCAGUGCAAGACUGUUAAAUAAGUGGAUGCUAUACUUAAUGGGUUGUUGCCUGGUUCUUUUAUUAAGAGGCAAACCAAGAGGAAGCCAGCUAACCUUCAUUAGGUGGAAUUGCUCAAAAAAGGAAAGGCUUUGCAACCUUGUUCCAAAGCUUCAAUUUUCGUUGCCAAGGAUGGGGUUUUAAUGCAGUGGACGCUUGGACUGCGAACAUGAUCCGUGCGGGAUGCACGUUCACAACCCGCGUCUGUGCACAUGUGGGUUGUGAUUCAGCGCUUCUGCGCAUGCGCAAAGCGCAAUUUAGUACUUCUGCGCAUGCACGGCCGCUGAAACCCAGAAGUAACCCGUUCCGGUACUUCUGGGUUUCGGCAGUCUGCAACCCAAAAAAAGCAACCUGAAGUGGCUGUAACCCGAGGUAUGACUGUACUCUGCCCUAACUCACCCGUGUAGCAGACUGGAGAGAUAAAUUGUAUUUCGUAUGUCCUCUCCUAGCCAUCAAUAACCCACAGACACAUCAGAAGCUCCUGUAUACCAAGUCAGACCACUGGCCCAUCUAGCUUGUCUGCAGUGUAGACACUUGACUGGUGCUCUCUAUACUGGCUGGCAGUGUCUCUCUAGACUUUCAGACCCUACCUGGAGAUGCCGGGAUUGAACCUGGGACCUUUUGCAAGCAAAACCGUUGCUCUACUUCUGAGCUGAGCUCCUCGACAGGCCACAUUCCAGUCUCAAGACAGAAUGCAAGAGAAGGCAGCAGACAUUCAAAUGAGGCCCUGCUAGGUGCUUAGGCAGGUUUCAGGUUGCGCCAGGGGCUGCCUGACUGUCUUGUGCUGAGGUCUUCCCCAUCAUUUGAUACCUUUGAUCCUUUCAGACUAGAAGCGCCUGUGAUCUUCUGCAUGCAGAACGUGUUCUCUGCCACAGAGCUAUGCCCUUGUUGCAGCCAGGGAGGAACUGGCUGGAAGCCACACCUCCUUUUCUGCGCUGUUCAGUCAAUGCAUUUUCUCUCUUUCACUCUCAAUCUCUGCACAGCCCACCCACCCCCUCCCCAUGCUUGGGAUCUCUCCACUCCAGAUUCGGGUAGCCUGGCAGCUGCCUUGCACAUCUGCCACAGGCCGGAGCUUCAAAGAGACUUUGUGUGGCCUGGCAAUUCCCUCUUCCCGCCUCCCAGCUUGGCACUGCCCAGCAACUCUGACAAACCUUUGUGUCUUUUUCUCUCUCUUUUUUGCCUCGCAGAGCCUGGAUGGAGACCAAGCCAUUCUCCAGCGGAUCAGGAAAUAUGUGAAAGCUAUUCAUGCUUCUGGGCUCAGUAAGUUAAUGCUCUUUGUGUGCUGGUGUGGCCGCCAAGGGGUGGGGAAGAGUGGGGGGACACCUUGGGGGUAAUGUGUAGGUGCUGCCAGGUGUGUGCAAAGUGCAAUCUGACCCCCCUGUACAGUGUGAGCGGUGUCAUUUCAACAACCCAGAGUCGAGAGAGAAAAGGAACUUUACCGGGCAAACUGAACAAAAGCAGUGCAUACCUUGAGGAGAAAUAAUCAGGCUUGCUGUUUUUUGUCUUUUAGAACAGGCCUCUUUCAAAGCAGAAAGAUAUUCAGCAGUGCAUACUGAGGAAAGGCUCCCUCAGAACUCCCGCAGCCAAUCAGGACACAAGGAUUACGCCAUUCUGAUUGGGUGCUAGGCAAACACUUCCACUACCACUCCCCUCUUGAUUGGCUGUCUUAACUGUCAUUAGAAUGAACCCUUAGGCUACUAACCGAAUGAUCCCUGCUGUUGUACUUCAAACAAUCAGGGAACUUGGGAAGCUGCCCUACACAGUUAGACCAUUGGUCCAUCUAUCUUGGUAUUGUUCAUGCUAAUAGACAGUGGCUUUCUACAGAGUUUUAAUGUUGGACUAUUUCCCAGACCCUGCUUCUCCAUCUUCUUGGUUUUCUGAUUUAAGCUCUGCCACCAAGUUGUUGCAGCCCUUCUCUUCUUCUGGAUUUUGGAGAAACCCCCUUUAACCUCUUUCUUAGCAUUUCACCCUGGUCUAGUUCGCAGUCCGUCACCCGCAAAGUCUGGUGACCCUACAAGAUGACUCUCUUUGGUGGGAUAUAUGAAUUGGGAUCUGGAUUUGCCCUCUCCCAGCUGCCCCAUCACCAGACUGACCUUUUGCUUUCGCCACAGAAGCUGUGCUGUUUGUAAACAUUCUGUGACAGCCUCCUUCGCCGCUAAACAUAUUUGGUGAUUUUAUGAGGUUGCGCUGGCAGCAGGAACACAAUUUGCCUCAGUGCAAGGUUUAGCUGAUGUCAGCCUUGUGCAAUCCGCUUUCAAAAUAUAUAAAUUGCAACACAAGACUUCUGGAUUAGGAUCUCUUUGAAUGCGAAGGCAUAACAAAAUCUGCACUGAGCAUUCUUGCCCUAGAACAGCACACACACACAUAUAUAUAUGUAUAUGUAUGUAUAUAUGUAUGUAUAUGUAUGCACCGCCUGUCUGACUGGGUUGCCCCAGCCACUCUGAGGGGCUCCCAACAAAAUGUUUAAAACACACCAAAACCUCAAACAUUAAAAACUUCCAUGUACAAGGCUGCCUUCAGAUGUCUUCUAAAGGUCAGAUAGUUGUUUAUUUCCUUGACAUCUGAUGGGAAGGCGUUCCACAGGACAGGCGUUACUACUGAGAAGGCCCUCUGCCUGGUUCCCUGUAACUUUACUUCUUGCAGUGAGGGAACCACCAGAAGACAGUUAGAGCCAUAGCUGUCAACUUUCAGAUUUGAAAAUAAGGGAUCAGCAGCCUCACCUGUCCCGGGGACAGUCUAUGGGAUAUCUAACAAUCUGGAAUAGCAGCGGGAAGCAGCAGGAAAUGGCGCUGGAAUAAGGGAAUUUCCCGCAAAAAAAGGGAAGGUUGACAGCUAUGGUUAGAGCUAGAUCUUAGUGUCCGGGCUGAAGGAUGUGGGUGGAGAAGCUCCUUCAGGAAUACUGGCCCAAAGCUAUUUAGGGCUUUAAAGAUCAGUACCAACACUUUGAAUUGUGCUCUGAAACGUAGUGGGAGCCAAUGUAGAUCCUUUAGGACUAGUAUUAUAUGGUCUUGGCAGCCACACCCAGUCACCAGUCUAGCUGCCGCAUUCUGGAUUAGUUGUAGUUUCCGAGCCACCUUCAAAGGUAGCCCCCAGUCCCUGUAUAUGCCACUGUAAAUGCAAUGAAAGGAAGGAAGUAAAUAAAUAAAUAAUCUGCAGUGUGGGUGUCGGAUGUUGCUGGAGAUGCAAUGGAAGAGGCUCAAGUAUGCACCACACAGACCUCUCCUCACAGCUGCUGGAGCACACCCAGCACCACUGCCACAAAAUUGCUUUGCACAAUUCACCACAUGCCUACAUAAUGCCUGCCAGUUGGUGUUCCUGCUGGGCUAUUAAUGGAUGCUGGUCAUGAUGGAUAUAUAUUACCUCCAGGAUCAGAGGCAGCAUGCCUCCAACUAUUCGUUGUUGGGGAACAUGAGCUCUCUUGCCCUCACGCCCUGCUUGUUGGCUUCCCAGAGGUGUCUGCUUUGCCACGGUGAGAAACAAGACAACGAGCUAGGACAAAUUCAUACCAUACAACUAAAACACACUGGCAGCUCCCCCCCCCGGUGAAUUCUGGGAACUGUGGUUUGUUUAAGGGUGCUGAGACUUAUUUUCCUAACUGAAUUACAUUUCCCAGAGUUGCCUAGCAAAAGAGAUUGAUGGUUAAACUACUCUGGGACUAGUAGCUCUGUGAUGGCAGCUCUCAGCUCCCUUAACAAACAACAGCAGAAGCCACGACUGCUUAAAGCGGUAUCAUAGCGCUUUAAAUGUAUGGUGUGAAUGUGGUUCAGUAUAAAGCUCUUGUCUGAUCCUGCAGGGCUGUCUCCAUGUUCAAAUUCUACACACUGCUUUGCUUCUUCCCUGACUUCUGUGGGUAUCUGGAUCCGCCAGAAACCUUCCUUUCUCCUGAUUCUUGUGUCGUCUUCCUUAGCGCAUGUGGAGAACGAGGAGCAGUACAGCGAAACUCUGGAGAACUUUGGCAACAACCACCUUUCUCAGAACAAUCAUGAGCUUUCCACGGGAUUCUUGAAUCUGGCUGUCUUCACCAGGGAAGUGACGGCACUUUUCAAAAACCUGGUAAGGGGCGGCAUUAGGUCUGCUUUUCUUUUCCAUCAAAGAUCUCCACUGCAUUCUUCUUCUCAAUCCAAAUCUGUACACCACCUAUUUAGAGAGAGGGGAUAUUCAACCAGACUCGGCACUUUUAAUAUGGGACCCGCUUCUUUAAAAGAAAUGAACAUGCCAAAAUUCCUUAACCCCUACAACUCCCAUAAGCCCCAGUCCAGUGGUUACUGUUACUCACUAGGGCUACAUUUGCAGCCUACAUUUAAAGCACCAUGGUGGGAGAAAACCAUGACUUUUUAAAGUGGUACCACACUGCUUUAAAUGUACAGUUUGGAUGUGGCUAGAGUCUUUUAUGCAGCCCCUUUAAAAAGAUCUUUAUUAUUCUGACAUUAAUGUUGGAGGCUUACAGUCCUCUUUUUCAUGCACAUCUGAUGAGGUGGAUUCAGGCCUGCAAAAGCUUACGCCGUAAUUAAUGCAACUACGUUCUUCAAGACUUUAAGGGAAUCUGUUUCAGCCGAAGCAACAGAGAUAACUCCCUCUCUGGAAGAUGAUGCAAUUGUGAAUGUGGCCGUCUUGUUUGGGGCAAUAGGUUCCUAUAUUUCAACCACUGCAUUUCCGUAAGGCGUGUUUUCCUUAUUGUUGUGUUUCCAGCUAUGUGUCCUCUGUUGAUGCUGGGGCCCAUUAUCACAAAGCAGGCUGCUGCUACAAGGUGGUCUGUUUGAGGGAAGGAUUUUUAUGGAUAUGGUGGGAACUCUUGAAAGAACUAGGAGUGAGUGAAUCUGUCAAUUUCUGUUUCAGUUGUUUAUUUUUACAAUCUACAGUUCAGUUCUCCAUUUCCACAUCAGUUUGCAUAUGUGUGUGUGUGUCUGUCUGUCUGUCUCCUCAUGAAGAUUCAUCAUCAUCUUAGUGAGAAUUCAUUGUACAAAAUACACAUUUUUAUACAGUGGUAUCUCGGGUUACAUACGCAUCAGGUUACAGACUCCGCUAACCCAGAAAUAGUAUCUUGGGUUAAGAACUUUGCUUCAGGAUGAGAACAGAAAUCGUGCUCUGGCAGAGCGGCGGCAGCAGGAGGCCCCAUUAGCUAAAGUGGUACCUCAGGUUAAGAACAUUUUCAGGUUAAGAACGGACCUCCGGAACGAAUUAAGUUCUUAACCAGAGGUACCACUGUAUGUAGUUUUGCCCAACAGACACAGUUUCGCAAAGCUAUUUCCCCUAAGGGAAGCAUUUUAUUCCAUUAUUUUCACUAACUUAGGCAUUUAUAUGUGUGCUUACCCUAGUAUAAUAGGGACGCGGGUGGCACUGUGGGUAAAACCUCAGUGCCUAGGACUUGCCGAUCGCAUGGUCGGCGGUUCGAAUCCCCGUGGCGGGGUGAGCUCCCGUCUUUUGGUCCCAGCUCCUGCCCACCUAGCAGUCCGUAAGCACCCCUAAGUGCAAGUAGAUAAAUAGGUACCACUCCGGCGGGAAGCUAAACAGCGUUUCCGUGUGCUGCCUUGGUGCUGGCUUGCCAGAGCAGCUUCGUCACGCUGGCCACGUGACCCGGAAGUGUCUUCGGACAGCGCUGGCCCCCGGCCUCUUAAGUGAGAUGGGCGCACAACCCUAGAGUCGGACACGACUGGCCCGUACAGGCAGGGGUACCUUUACCUUUACCCUAGUAUAUGCAUUUUUGUACAUUUCACCGGGUUGGUGAUACUUGAAGUACUAUGACCUUUGGAGGGUGGCUGUGUUCUGGUGUGCAAAUUGUUCUAAAAGUUUGCCUUCAAAUGCAAACUCAACUCUUUUCUCACCUGUCCCUAAAAAGGACCAUUAGUGUUAGUAUUUGUACUGGUUGGGCAGAGGGAGAAGGAACGUGGGCUGCAUCUGUGUGACUUUGCUGCUUGUUGCCACUAAUGGUGUCUCUUCCUGGCCCCUCCCUCAGCUUCCCCCUUUAACGUAAAUCGGAAACCUCUGGGCAGUGGCUAUGUUGUUUAUGGCUGGGAACUGAAGGAACUGUGCUGUGGGUUCUGUGUGCUAGAGCAGGCUCUGGCUGGGUAUGUUUGGUUUAAACAGAAGCCCCGUGUCUCGUAUUACAGCCCCCUUGCAAAUGUGGAAGGAAAGAAAGAAAAAAUAAAGAUGUGGAAGGGAAAAUGUGGAAGGAAAGAAAAGGAAAAAAAACCUGUUUGAUAUGGCCCUAGCACAUGAAAACAAUGCUUGGGUAUGUGCCACUUUAGAUUGGGGUAGCUAAUACGAUGCCCUCCAGAUGUUGCUGGAAAACAGCUCCCUGACCUUCCAGCUACUAACCCUAAUGGUUGUGGUCUGCAUCCAUUGUUGGAGACAGUAAUGCUUCUGAAUGCCCGUUGUUGGAAACCACAGGAGGGGGAAAGUGCUGUUGUACUCAAGUCCUGCUUGCAGGCUUCCCAUAGGCAAUUUGGUUGACCGCCUUGAGAGCAAGUGGCUUGAUCCAGCAGUCUCUUAGGAUAUGUUGUUAUUUUUCACCAUUCUGGCCAGAGUUGAUGGUGAACCUGUGUCCUGCUUUAGAGAGGACAGCCCUGUAGGUUUGAAGAAGUGUCCAGUCCCAAGCUUGUGUCACAGUGUUGACUGGCACGGAAUGUCAAGAACGAACUCAUUAUUGUCAAAAGGACACUUAGAAGUUAGGAAAAGGCAUGGCCAUCAAUCCUACACCUCUCAGCUGCCACUAGGUGUGCACCUGAUGAUGCAGUUGCUGCAACAGAGAGGCCCACCCACCGACCUCAACUUAUGUAUCUCCUCCACCCAAGCUGCGUGCAAGCAGGCGAAGACUCCAUCAGCAUGUGACCUUUUGCUCCUCCUGUUUCAGUCUUCUUCUGGUCCUGGGAAACAGUGAAGCAGGAGAGGAUGGGAUCAGGAGGAGGAGGAGGAGGAGAAGGUGUGGAAGCCCUUGAGUCUACACCAGCUUGACCGAUCUCUCCUUCCUCCUGCUCUUGUUCUUCAUUCUCCAAUCCUGCCCUUCUGACUCUUGUCUCCCAGCUGUUAGAUCCCCCCAGUUCCCUUCUUCCCAGUCAGUCUCCAACCUCCGCUUCUCCCAGUGCCCACUCCUCAAUAGCCAGCCAGCACUCCUCAGUGUCUAGCCAGUCCCUGACAUCUUGGUUUAAAUAUCAAGAGCUCUUAAGAAGAGGAGAGCAGGAGGGGCCUUGAAGUCACCCUUCUGCAGUUAGAUCCUGGACAGCAGACUUGAGCUGCUGUGCUGGACAGCACACGGGUCAUAUGCUCAAAGUCUUAUGGUGUGAUGGAUUAUAGUAGUUAUUUCUAAAUUGGCACACCUAGGCCUGUAGCUCAAUGACAGAGCAUCUCCUUUACAUGCAGAAGGUCCCAGGUUCAAUCCCCGGCCUCUCCAGCUCAGGACAUCUGGCCUGGUGUCCCGUUAUAACCAUGACCAACCAGAUAUCUAUGAAACACGCAAGCAGGACCUGAGUGCAGCAGAACCUCUCCACUCUUGCAGUUUCCUGCAGUGGUAUUCAGAAGCAUUUCUGCCUCUGACCGUGGAGGUAGGACUGGGAAUGUCCCCUGUCUGAAACCCUGAAGAGGUGCUACCAUCCACUGUAGGCUUUGUAUUGAGUCAGUGUUUCCUCAAAUGUGGGUCCCCAGCUGUUGUUGGACUACAACUCCCAUCAUCCCUAGCUAGCAGGACCAGUGGUCAGGGAUGAUGGGAGUUGUAGCCCAACAACAGCUGGGACCCAAGUUUGAGAAACACUGAUAGAAGGACCCAAUAGUCUGUCGAAGUAUAAGGCAACUUCCUGUAUUCCCAUCCCUAUUCAUAUUCAAAUUUUGUUGUUGCAUAUGUGGCCAUCCUAUGACUACUCCUGCCUUAGGCAGACCCAGCAUGCUGAUGCAAAACGGUGAUGUCACAGGAGUGGCUGUUGCCUUCUGUAAAGUUCUUUGAACAGGACUGGUCCUACCAUGAAGCAGAAUUGAGGCAGCCAGAAAUGCUGGUUGUCAGGGAGUGGCAGCAAGGUCCUGGAGGUUACAGAGCCUGCCCUGCACUCCCUAACCUAGCUGCCCACCCUUGGGGGCAGCGGAGGAGGAUGCCUCACUAGGAAUACUGUUCUGCAAGGUUCACAGAAACAAGCUGAGCACCCGAUAGUCCAGGAAGGGCCAUAGCUCAGUGGUGGAGCAUCUGCAUUUGCAUGCAGUAUAAGGCCGAUUCCUAUGCUCUUCUUCUUCUUUUUUUUUAAUAAGAUAUUUAUUAAGGUUUUUUUAAAAUAUUACAGUAGAAAUGAAAAGGAAAAGAGAAAAAUACAAAAUAAAAACAGUUAAAAACACACAUAUUUUCAGUUACUUAUUUUCCUUUAGCUUGUUUCCCGGACCUCCUCGUAUCUCCCUUUUUUGUAUUCCACUUCAAUUUAUUGGUUCAGCAAAUCCUUACCAUUAGAUUUUAACCCGUUUAUAACCCUUUUUUUCAUAUUCUCUUAAAGCAUUACAGCUAGAAACCACUUAAUUACUAUCCAACAUCAUUCUAACAUUCAUUAAUUUUACAAUAUUUCUGUAAAUAGUCUUUAAAUUUCUUCCAAUCUUCUUCCACCGACUCUUCUCCCUGGUCUCGGAUUCUGCCAGUCAUUUCUGCCAAUUCCAUAUAGUCCAUCACCUUCAUCUGCCAUUCUUCCAAAGUGGGUAGAUCUUGUGUCUUCCAAUACUUUGCAAUAAGUAUUCUUGCUGCUGUUGUAGCAUACAUAAAAAAGUUCUGUCCUUCUUUGGCACCAAUUGGCCGACAAUGCCCAGAAGAAAGGCCUCUGGUUUCUUCAGGAAGGUAUAUUUAAAUACCUUUUUCAGUUCAUUAUAUAUCAUUUCCCAGAAAGCCUUAAUCCUUGGGCACGUCCACCAAAGGUGAAAGAAUGUACCUUCAGUUUCUUUACAUUUCCAGCAUUUAUUAUCGGGCAAGUGAUAGAUUUUUGCAAGCUUGACUGGGGUCAUGUACCACCUGUAUAUCAUUUUCAUAAUAUUCUCUCUUAGGGCAUUACAUGCCGUAAACUUCAUACCUGUGGUCCAUAACUGUUCCCAGUCAGCAAACAUAAUAUUAUGUCCUACAUCUUGUGCCCAUUUAAUCAUAGCAGAUUUCACCGUUUCAUCCUGAGUAUUCCAUUUCAACAGCAAGUUAUACAUUCUUGACAAAUUCUUAGUUUUGGGUUCUAACAGUUCUGUUUCUAGUUUUGAUUUUUCCACCUGGAAGCCAAUUUUCUUAUCCAAAUUAUAUGCCUCCAUUAUCUGAUAAUAAUGAAGCCAAUCUCUCACUUUGUUUUUUAGUUUCUCGAAACUCUGUAAUUUCAAUUUGUCUCCUCCUUGUUCCAAAAUUUCCCAAUAUUUCGGCCAUUUGGCCUCCAUAUUGAGCCUUUUCAGAGCUUUCGCUUCCAUCGGUGUGAACUUAAAAUCAGUUUCAGACGAUUUAUUGAUAUACCACCCACUCUGGUCGGUCACUGUGAGAAGAGGAUCUUGAGUUAGGUGGCCCAUUGGCCUGAUCCAGCAGGCUCAUCUUAAUUUCCUUUUUCGUGUUAUGCUCUAAGUGGUUUUCAUACUGUGAAAUCACAACAUAUAUAUAUUAUUAUUUAUAUACCACUUAAUUCUCGAAACCUCUAAGCUACAUACAUAAAAUACUCAUUACAAUACUGAUAUAAUCAGAUGUGUUGCUCUGUCCCAGUUCCUGCCACUUGAUCCAGAAGCUGCAGUUAGUGCAGCUCUUUUUUGGUGCUUGCUAAAAACAUUCCUUUUGUGACAAGCCUGCCGAUCAGAAGGCCUAUGCUCUUCAGAGCUGUGCUGUGGUUUCUUCAGCUGUGCCUGUAGCACAUCUGUACUUGAUCACAAUCUACAGCCGUGGUUCCAUUUUGCUUAUUCUGAGUCAGCAUGUCAGUGGGUGGCACUGACUUGGUUUCAUGUGUAGGUUCUUCAGCACAGCCACAUAAAACUCGCAGGGUGGGUUUUCUUUAUUUUCUUCUCUCCUCGUUUUCCCUCCCAAGAGAGGUUGGUCUGAGACUUAGAAUCAUAGAAACUUAGAGUUGGAAAGGGACCCCAAGGGUCAUCUAUUCCAACUCCCUGCAAUGCAGGAACCUCAGGUGAAGCAUCCAUGACAGAGGGCCAUCCAACCUCUGCUUAAAAAUCUCCAAGGAAGGACCUCUCUUGGGAGUCUGUUCCACUGCUGAACAGCUCUUACUGUCAGAAAUGUUUUCUGAAUAUUUAGUCGGAAUCUCCUUUCGUGCAACUUGAAGCCAUUGGUGCAAGUCCUAUUCUCCAGAGCAGGUGAAAACAAGCAUGCUCCCUCCUCCAUGUGACAGCCCUUAAGAUAUCUGAAGAUGGCUUUCAUAUCUCUUCUCAGUCUCCUCUUUUCCAGGCUAAACAUAUCCAGCUCCUUCAAGCACUCCUCAUAAGGCUUAGUUUCCAGACCCUUCAUCAUCUUGCUUAACCUCCUCUGCACACGUUCCAGCUUAUCAACAUUCUACUUAAAUUGUGGUGCCCAGAAUUGGACAUAGUAUUCCAAAUGUGGUUUUGUUAAGGAAGAAUAGAGUAGUACUAUUACUUCCCUUGAUCUGGACACUAUACUUCUGUUGAUGCAGCCUAGAAUAGCAUUAGCUUUUCUUUCUUUCUUUUUGCUGCUGCAUCACACUGUUGACUCAUGUUAACCAAGACCCCUAGAUCCUUUUCACAUGUACUGCUAGUAAGCCAGGUGUCCCCCAUCCUAUAUCUGUGCAUCUGGUUCCUUCCUGUGCAUCUGGUUCCUUCCUGCCUAAGUGCAGAACCUUAUGUUUGUCCCUAUUGAAAUUCAUUUUGUUAGCUUGCACCCAGUUCUCCAAUCUGUUAAGGUCAUUUUGAAUUCUGAUUCUGUCUUCUGCGGCCUUUGUAAUUUUGUAAUUUCAUCAAAAAUGUAAGUUUGUAAUUUCGUCAAAAAUGGAAAUCAGAUUGGUCUGGCAUGAAUAUUUUGGAGAAACCCAUGCUGGGUCUUAGUAAUCAUAGCAUCCUUUUCUAAAUACUCUCAGACUGACUUUUUGGAUGCUUGGGAGGUAGUCCUGUAGGCUGUCAGGUCCCCAACUGAACCAGGCUUGUUUCUUUUGCCUCUGGUCAUGUUACGGUUUUGGCCAUGUGAGUCUCUCACCUGACUCCCCCCUUCCGCUUUCCAGCUGUGGGUUGUGGCUUUUGCAAGGCGGGGAGAAAGGGCUGACUUGCCUGUGGGUUUUGUGGCAGUGGAGGAGUAGAUGUGGCUUGUUGGCAGACCAGACAUUUUUGUGCCUUGCAGCCAACUGAGGCUGCCCUGGAGUAUCCUGCACAGGGAGAGGCUUCUCUUGCCAUAGGACAAAUGGAGGAGGUUUAGCAUCUCCAGUCUCUCUCCCCCCCCACCUUUGCCACUGUUUCCAUUUCUGCAUGCCAUCCCAAAUCUGGCCUGUUUGAGGGGUGGGGGAAGAAGAGCAGGAAAUAAUAUUUAUCUUAGUUGGAGUGAGGCUUGCAUGGUCCAAUAAAUAAGAUUCCCUUUCUGGACCUGCCUCUGCAGAUAGCAGGGGUGGGGAACCCCAGACACAAACCCCACCUGGCAGUGAGAAAAAAUCUGUGGGGGGGGGGGUGGCGGCACAGAAGGGGCAAAGCAUAUUUCUAGUUAUGCAUGCUGUGUCUCACAUGCUAAGAUCUCUGAAAAGAACAAGUGUUAAUGACAGGAUUCCAGCAAUGCAGGGUGAAAAUAGGGGUGUAAGCUCUUUGGUUUUUUGGGGGCCCUCACCCCCUGCCCCAUCUUGUGCCACACAUGUUCCCCAGUCACACCCCAUCUGCCCAAGCUGUGCCCCCCACCAGCCCUGAUUCACAGCCUGCUUGAGUGCAUUUGCUUGACUGGAAUAACAGAACCAUAGAAUUUUAGGCUUGAAAGGGGGACCCCAAAGGUCAUUUAGUCCAACCCCCUGCAAUGCAGGAAUCUUUUGCCCCACAUGGGAAUGUGCCCUUGGACUCCGAUAAUGCCUUUUUCUUGCCUGGAUGGAGGACGGAGAGGUGUGCAACACUGUGAAGGAACUAGCCUAGCGUACAAAAGUAAUUUUUUUAAAUUCGUUGCUCUGCCUGCUUUUGUUUCUGGCCCCAGCCACCGCUAUCAUGUGGCUUCUGGGUGUUAAGUUGUGGGUAAACAUAUCAGACGACACAGCGAUUCUUCAAACAGCUCUUGUUUAUUCACAGGCCAGAACAGAACUGAACUGAACUGAGGGGUUCAGUCAGCCUGCUUAUAUAGAGCUCCAAUACAACGUUACUGUAACAACUUUCUAAAACUAUCCAAUCACUGAACGUCACUUUUGAUCCCUUAUUUGCAUAACUAUCUACAGUAUCCCCCUGCUGGCCCAGGGUGAGAACUUCAGUACAUAACACUGGGAGACUGCCCAGAAGGUCAUGUGACCCAGGCUGUAAAAUGUUCCCACUUCUGGCACAUUUGCUGCAUGCUUUGGAGGGAAUAAUGGGACCAUGCAUCUUCUCUGAUGUCCCUGUGCCCUGCAGGCCCCAAGUCCUGUUAGCAGUGAGGGCUAAAAGGGAUGCCUAGAUAUGCACGUCGGACCACACUCUGUGACAGAGAUGGGGAGCCAUGGCCUUCUGGAUAUUGUUGGACUCCCAUCAUGCUUUGCCAGUCGCCAUGCUGGCUGGGGCUGAUGGGGAUUGGAGUCCCAAUGACACCUGGAGGGCUGCAGGUUAUCCAGCCCUGCUGUACAAUAGUUGGAACCUCAGAGCCAGUGUGGCAUACCAGUUAGAGUGUUGGACUAGGACCUGGGAGGCCAGGGUUCAAAUCCCCGCUCAGCCAUGAGGCUCUCUGGGUGACCUUGGGCCAGUCACUAUCCCUCAGCCUAACCUCCCUCACAGGGUUGUGGUGGGGAGAAGAGUUAUGUACACCACCUUGAGGAAAAAGUGGUAUAUAAGUCUAACAAAUCAAUAAAGGGCGCAUACAUUCCACAUCAGAUGAUAAGCCUGCAUGUGUGUAGCUCUGCAUAUAGGGCAUUCACUGAGGGAAUGUGUCGGGUGCAGGGAGUUAUUUAGCUCUCCCAGCAAUGUUUGGCGUUGGUGUGAAGGGGCCUCCUGCACAUACUGAUGUACGCUUGUAGAACUUCUGCACAUGAAGGGAGUGGCAUGGAGCCAUUUGACACACAUGCACCUUGAAGUGCACAGGGCCCCUGCGCAUGACUGCCAGCUGUGGGUGGGUGAGGCCAGUGUGCAGAGAUGGUGCUGUACACAGCAUGACACCCACCCACCCCCUCACCCAUUCCUUUUAAGACCUGAAGGACUUUGUGAACUUAAACUGCGAACGUUCAUUCACUGAGCGCAGCUUCAGAAUCCAACACAGGAGUCUGGGUUUUUCUUCCAAAUACAGUUCUUGGAAUUCCUUGGGGGAAGCUGGGAGGUUUUCUUACCAAAACUGAUCUAAAAACCCAUAUAUAGCAAAAAAAAAGAAAAGGCCCUGUGGGGGGGGGGGGUGUUUAAAAAUAAUGGCACGAGCUUCAUUAAACUUUUGCUUCAGCUUUUGACCGAGAUUUGGUUCCCACGUCUGUGUUAGAAGCUGAAAUAAAAAUGCAUUGGGUAAAAAGCCCUGCCUAGCUGAACACUAAUGGCUGCCUAUGUUUUUAUUUGUGGCUCUUCCAGGUGCAGAAUCUCAACAAUAUUGUCUCCUUUCCUCUGGACAGCUUGCUGAAAGGGCAACUUAAAGAUAACCGGCUGGUAGGUGUCCUUUAAAAAGUGCGUAUGCAUGGUGUGUGCUCAAGGGUGUAGUUGGGGAAGAUGUGUCCAGACAGAGGUGCCUGGGCCCAUGGUUUGAUGUCCCAACACAUUGCUUGUUCUGUUGUGCCAGUGUCUUGACAAACGCACUGAAGAAUGGAAAUCUCACAUAAAAAGCACCUGCAAAAUGUGUGCAGUUUAAAUGUGGUCUUUUCUUUCAUCCUUAAGAAAAAGGAAAUGCUCAAAACAGACCUAUGUAAUUAAAUGUCUGUGUAAUUAAAUGAAUCGGGAUGCAAUUUACUGAUUUAGUAUAUUGCAUUUAUACCCCUCUCUUAUUUACAAAAGAUCCUAGGGUGGCUAACGCUUCUGUGAUUAAAAAAGAAAAAUACAAAAAUGAAAUAGACUUAUUUAAAACAUCUUAAAAACUGUUUAAAAAUUCCUAAAACCAAGAAACCACAAACAUCUAAAACAAAUUUAAGAGCAGAUGUAACCAAAGUUUUCAGCAGGUGUCUAAAACUGUACAGUGAUCGUCCUUGCCCAAUAUUAGCAGACAGGGAGUUCCAAAGUAUAGGCUGUUGCCACGCUAAAGGAACGGCUCCUUUCAAACACAGAAUGAACAUGGCAAGACACUUGCAGAAGUGCAAGAUUGCAAAAGGUACAAUCUGCAGAAAAUUCUGCAAACUGGAGGAAUUGAGUCAGCACGUAUGGGGUAAGGCGAUCCCUUAAGUAAUCUGGUCCCAAGCCGUUAAGUGCUUGAUACCUUGAACUCAGCCCAAUAGCAAAUAGGCAGCCAGUGCAGAUUUUUGAGCAUGGAUGUGCAAUAUGCUUGAGUCCUUGAGAGUCCCAUGGACUGCAAGAAGAUCAAACAUAUUCAUUCUUAAGGAAAUCGGCCCUGAGUGCUCACUAGAAGGACAGAUUGUGAAGCUGAGGCUCCAAUACUUUGGCCACCUCAUGAGAAGAGAAGACUCCCUGGAAAAGACCCUGAUGCUGGGAAAGAUGGAGGGCACAAGGAGAAGGGGACGACAGAGGACGAGAUGGUUGGACAGUGUUCUCGAAGCUAGCAGCAUGAGUUUGACCAAACUGCAGGAGGCAGUGGAAGACAGGAGUGCCUGGCAUGCUCCGGUCCAUGGGAUCACGAAGAGUCGGACAUGACUAAAUGACUAAACAACAACAACAACAACAACAACGUGCAAUAUGAUGACUCUCGCUCAUGCCAGCAAUCAUGGUGCAGCAUUUUGUACAAGGGAAGCCGCACUUGGGGUGCACUGCAGUAGCCCUGCCUUGAAUUGGACCGCUUGGCCCACCCUGCUAGCAAGUAGACAUUAUGUUAUGCAGAAAACCCAGGGCAUGCUGCUUUUUUAUUUUUAUUUUUUUUAGGGGAAGACUGUAUCAGAAAAUGUUUCUGUGAUGUAAUGAAAGAUUGGUAAUAAAUUUAGCAUAUUCAGCUAAACCUCAUAAUAGUAUAUCAUUAGGGUACAGUGGAAUUGCACACGUAUGCAUAUUUUAUUGGGAGCAUUCGCCAACUGAGCUGGACGGGACUUUCUUCUGCAUAACUGUGCAGAGGAGCCAGCUGCCGGUGUCCACAGUAGCUGUGGAGAGCCUAGAUCUCCUGAAUUCAUAUUUAAAUUCCAUUUACAUGGCUCCAUACCUAUACAAUAUAUUUCUUAGGAUAUUAGCACAGUAUUUUGUAAUCUGGAUCGGUGCCAGGAAAGUGUCACUUUCUCGCUUUCCAUCUCUCAGUAGGGACAGGCGGGAGGAGGAGGAGGAAGUGAAAUGUCCCAGUGAUACCCACAGCACCCACUCAAAAAAUGUGGACAUCAGUAAUUGCAAGGAAGUGAGCAGGCAGGCAGAGGAGGGAUGGCUCCAUCUCCCUCUCUUCCUUUCCUCAACCCCAUUCUGGGAUUUUACCAACCUUUGGGCAUAGACUCAUGAGCACCAGAAACUUGCUGCUUUUCGUUUUCUUUUGAUGAAAGCUCAUUUUAGCAGUUUGCUGAUUGCACCCUUGCAAGGCACCCUUGCCCAGGUCACAGAACAAUAGUUCUCUGUGGCUUGGGCCAUGGAACACAGGAAGCUGCCUUGUUGUUUAGUCAUUUAGUCGUGUCUGACUCUUCGUGACCCCAUGGACCAGAGCACGCCAGGCACUCCUGUCUUCCACUGCCUCCUGCAGUUUGGUCAAACUCAUGCUGGUAGCUUUGAGAACACUGUCCAACCAUCUCGUCCUCUGUCGUCCCCUUCUCCUUGUGCCCUCCAUCUUUCCCAACAUCAGGGUCUUUUCCAGGGAGUCUUCUCUCAUGAGGUGGCCAAAGUAUUGGAGCCUCAGCUUCAGGAUCUGUCCUUCCAGUGAGCACUCUGGGCUGAUUUCCUUUAGAAUGGAUAGGUUUGAUCUUCUUGCAGUCCAUGGGACUCUCAAGAGUCUCCUCCAGCACCAUAAUUCAAAAGCAUCAAUUCUUCGACGAUCAGCCUUCUUUAUGGUCCAGCUUUCACUUCCAUACAUCACUACUGGGAAAACCAUAGCUUUUACUAUACGGACCUUUGUUGGCAAGGUGAUGUCUCUGCUUUUUAAGAUGCUGUUAGGUUUGCCAUCGCCUUUCUCCCAAGGAGCAGGCGUCUUUUAAUUUCUUGACUGCUGUCACCAUCUGCUGUGAUCAUGGAGCCCAAGAAAGUAAAAUCUCUUACUGCCUCCAUUUCUUCCCCUUCUAUUUGCCAGGAGGUGAUGGGACCAGUGGCCAUGAUCUUAGUUUUUUUGAUGUUGAGCUUCAGACCAUAUUUUGCGCUCUCCUCUCUCACCCUCAUUAAGAGGUUCUUUAAUUCCUCCUCACUCAUGAAGCUGCCUUAUGCAUGGUCAAACCAUCUGCCUUGGCAUUGUCUACAUUGGCUGGCAGUGGCUCUCCAGGGUCUUAGAUGGGGGCACUCCUGGCCCUACCAGGAGAUUCCAGGAGCUGAACAUGGGACCUUCUGCAUGUAAAGUAGGUGCUCCAGCAAGCACCGUAUAUCGGCCGCAUGCUAGAACUUUUGAGUGGGGAAUCCUGCUAUGUUUGUCCUUCCCUUCCUAAGCCUUGUUUCCUGGUGUAUUCUCCCCAGAUGUCUGGUCCAGGGGAAACUGGCAAGACUGGAAAGUCAGCUUUAUGCUAUACAUUUCUGUGUAGUAGACUGUGCCACGUUUUUUAUUGGGGAAGAAAUGGUGUGUUUGGCUUUUACAACCCUUCCCUCUUAACAGCUCAGCACAGUUGGUUGCUACUGACUAAAUAAUCGCAUGAGCACUGUUCCAGAGUAUUUUUCAUUCUCAUGUAUAUUAUAUCUAUUCAAAAAAAGAUUGGUUAAUGAAGAAAUUACAUAUCUUUCUACUCACGAGUGUUGAACUCAUUGGCUGAUGAAGAAUUCAACGAAACAGUAGUUGUUAUCUGGAAACACUGUUCAGCAGAGUUCAGAGUUGGACAUCGGAAUUGGACAUUUGCUGAUUAUACAAAACUUCACAGCUUGCUCUCCGCUGGGUAAAGUCUGCCACCAUGAUUCAUUUAAGGACUUUCAGAGACUUCAGUUUGUUAGUUUUGAUGUUUUGAAUUAGUCCAUAAAGUUUUUCACAUUGUAAUUGUUUCUGGCCAUCGUGUUGCUUUUGAUAUUGUUUGUAGCAUAGUGGUCCUUCUGUGGGUCUGCCUACCAAUGCAGCUCAUAGGGUGGUAGUGAUGCUCUGUGCAUGUCAGGGGUGAGAUCCUGCCCCCCUCUGAAAUACAAUUUGCUCAUGCAUGCAAGGGGAAGCUCCUCCCACCAGAAUCUAGUUUUCUUUUCCUCUCCCUCCCCACUGCCCCAAAUCUAUACCACUGCGGUGAUGUGUUAGAAUCUGACAUGAAAGACCUGGGUGCAAAUCUCCACUCAGCCAUAAAGCUCACCGGGUGGCCAGUCACUGCCUCUAAGUCUAACCUACCCCACAGGGUUGCUGUGGAGAUUAUAUGAGGGGAAGAACCACGCAUGCCACCUUGAGCUCCUUUUCCCUUCACAUCACACCCUGGGAUCCAGUUCAGCAGCCUUUUCCUUUGACACCUGGGCUCAGAGCAGAGUGACGUCAUCAAGUCCUGGUCUGUGGUGCAACCCUGAAGGCGUGGGGUGUUUGUUGAAAUAGUAAGCCAGAGGCUGCAACUGCAGAUACGCCGUAAAUCUCCUUGACUCCUGCCUUUUCCCUUCUCCUGCACAGGGAACCCUUGAGCUUUCCCCUCUUGUCCUUCCCUAUUGAGGUAGGCUAGCUACUUCACACCUCUUUCACACCAUACAUUUGAAGCACUUUGAUACCACUUUAUAAAUGGUCACGGCUUGCCCCCCAAAGAAUUCUGAGAGCUGUAGUUUCUCAAGGGUGCAGGGAGUUGUUAGGGAAAACCCCUUUCCUCCUUCUAGAGUUGCAAUUCCCAGAGUGGUUUAACAACCAAUCCCUCUUCAUGGGGAACUCUGGGAACUGGAGCGACCCUCUGGAUUGGUUGUGAGGAAGAAAGCAGGAAGUUGGGUGCUGACUGAAGGUGGACUGAAGUGGUUCUCCACUUGCCCUAAUGGUCCAGCCUCAAACUUGCUUUUACUUUCCUCUUUUGCAUGACUGGUGCUAUGUUGACAAAGAAGCCUGGAUAGCUCAGCUGGUUUGAGCGUGGUGCUGAUAAUGCAAAGGUUGCAGGUUCGAUCCCUGUAUGGGGCAGCUGCUUAUUCCUGCAUUGCAGGGGGUUGGACUAGAUGAUCCUCAGGGUCCCUUCCAACUCUACAGUUCUAUGAUUCUAUGAUUCUAUCUCCACUUGAAAAAUUGAGCUUCACUAUGUAUGUAUGUAUGAACAAACACCCAGGCUGUUUUCUGCACAGUUGCCAAGUAAGAAACCAGCUUGGUUCCGAGCAAUGAAUGCAAAAGGCACUGGCGUUAGGGAAUGAUGCUUAGGCGCUUGAGGCAUUAAAAAAAUAAACAAACCCAGACUUUUGUUUUACUAAGCUCUUACAAGAAUCCCUUAGCACUCUCCCCACAUCCACUCCCCAUAGCAGAAUUCUGGCUCCAGGCCUGCUGAACAGAUGCCCUUUCUGUCCCAUGACCAAAUGGCCCUACGGUCCAGAAAUCAAUUGAAGUGCAGAGAAGCGAAGACUUGGAUUUUUCAGCCUCUGGCCUGGGGAAUGCUUCUGUUGAGACGGCUUAACAGCUAGCAACUUCUCCUUGCUGUAAUGAAUAUGUUCUGCUUUCCUGGCAUUGGCAGGAGAAAAGGUUUUGGUGGCUCGGUAGGGGGUGGCUGCCCCCUCGUCCCAUCUCUCUCCCCCCCCACUCCACCUUGGGGACUCCCCUUCUAACUCUGCCCCCCUCUUGCUUGGCAGGAUUCCAAGAAGCAGAUUGAAAAGGCCUGGAAGGAUUAUGAGACCAAAGUGUAAGUAACCCCUGCUGCCUCUGGCUCAUUUCCCCAUCUCCUCUCAAACAAAGGUGUUUUGUUUGUGGGUUCAGCGGCAUGGGAGGUGAUGGAGCUGGCGUCAGCCAAUGAGAUGACUAUUUAUUUAUUUGUGCUGCUGUGCUGUCCAGUACCAUUCUGGUGGCUGUGCUAGAACCUGUAGCUUGCCAGCAGAAGGUCCUCAGGUUCAAUUCAUGGUGUUCUCCAGGAGGGACUGGAAAACACUGUUUUCUGAUAUCUUGAAUAGCUGCUAUUUGUCAGCAUAAAUCAGAGGUGGACCUGUGGACCCUUCACAUGCUAUUAAACCACAACACCCAUCCCCAUUAACCAUCGUCCUUGCUGGCUAGGGCUGGUGAGACUGUUUGGGGACACCAGGUUGGGCAAGACAGUUCUAGGUCCUCUGAAGCCUCCAGAUCCGACUUGGAGAGGAGGAUGAGAUCUGCAAGGAGCUGUUGGGAGUUGUAGUCUAGCAACAUCUGGAAAGCUGGUUUCUCCAUCCUUGCAUGGGUAAUACUGAGCUAAAUGGACCAGUAGUUUGACUCUUAUGUUUCCUAGCUCUGAUCUCCAUUAUAUUUCUGCAGGGUAUCCCCCCACCCAAUAAAAUAAACAGAAAAGUGUUUAGUUGUUGCAUUGGUCCCAGAGGUAACUAAAUGGGCCACAGCAGUUGCAUACCAUGGGUGAAUUUUAAAAAACACCCCUACUUAACACGUGACAAUUUUCUGCUGCCAUGUAGCUGCUUGCUUGCAGCCUGUAUGAAUACAACUGCAGUAGGAUCACCACUUAUGCACCACCAAGGUAAAAAGGAUAGAAGACACAUGCCUGCAUAGAAUUGCAUGCUCUAAUUUGUAUGUAUGGGUGCCAAUUUAGAAAUAAUUACUAUUAUGUAAUUAGACAUAUAAUAUAUAGUGCAGCCUGCCUUAACAGGAAAGGCUGUGAGUUGUGUUAGAACAUAAGAAGAGACCUGCUGGAUCAGGCCAAAGACCCAUCUAGUUCAGCAUCUUGCUCUCAUAGUGGCCAAACUGGAUGCGCCAAUGGGAAGCCCACAAGCAGGGCAUUGGGUGCAACGGUGCUCUCCCCAGUUGCAUUCUCCCCAGCAUCUGGCAUUCAGAGGCACACUGGCUCCUAGUACAUCUAGGCUGGGGGCUGUCGCAGGCUCAUACACAGUCGCCAUCGUCUCUAAACCAUGGGUGUGGUUGGGGAUAGGGAACCUGGGUCCAUCCAGAUGUUGUUGGACUCCAACUCCCAUCAGCACCCCAGUCAGCACAGCCAGUGAUCAAGGCUGAUGGGAGUUGUAGCUGUUGCAUUAUCUUUGGCAUUCCUCAUUUCCCUAGAGCAAAGAUGGAAAAGGAGAAGGAGCGAGCCAAGAUAUCUGGAGUCAUUCAGGCCGAACCAUCGGCUGCAGAAAUCGCCGAGGACCUGCAGAAGGAGCGCCGCACUUUCCAGCUUCAGAUGUGUGAGGUAGGAACUCCCUGAAAAUGAUGGUGUUUAUUCCUCCUAGGACUGGAUGCCUGACCCUGACAGCAAAGCCUUGGCUGGGCCCUGUGUGGGCAUAGCUGCAUAGGUGCUUGGGGUUAACUGGCCCUCAGCAGCUGCUUAGGCCCUUUGGCUCAAACCUAAAAACUUUGGGAGGCUUAUUUGAUACUUUCUGGCUGUUCUUUUGACCCAGGAGUAGAAAACCUUUUUUUUCUUCACCUUCUCUUGGGGGUAAUCUGUUGGGGCCUGGAUGCUAUUGGUGUAUUGUUAUUAUUAUAUUGCUAUUUGUUGCACUUACUAGUCGCUUUCUAAAAUGAGAAGAAACUCAAAACAACAACAAAAAAGUAGCACAUAGAUUAAAACCAAUGUAAAACCGAAACAAAGUAAAAGCUAAAAACACAUUCAUAUUUAUAGAAAAGGCACUGGAGGAGGCCACAGAUAUCAAAACCCCUGCAAAUUAAAGGCCAAACACCUGGCAGGGGAGAACACAAAGCUUUUGCCUGGCUCCUAAAAAUAGAUAGUGAUGGCAUCAGGUAUGCCUUCCAGGGGGAGAGUGUUCCAUAAGCAGGGAGCCACCACUGAGAAGGCCUGUUCUUGUGUUGGUUCACAUGGGGAGAGGUAGUCCUUGAGUAUACAGAAUGCGCAGAGAGACCAAUAUAGCUACUGUUCUGGAAAGCAAAUGAGAGCAACUCCUUUCUGACUUUAGUGUGCCUCCUAAACACACAAUGCACGCAUGUACACAUGCCUACAAGUUUGUUCCUGGGAGCCUGAGGAAAUACCUUCUUUUUCACAAAUCACGCAUCCAGGAAAAAGGAAAGAAAGUUAUUUAAUGGGGGGGGGGGAGAGAGAGAUGUUAAAACUGGUGGGAAAUCCAUUUGGCCUGGUGGGACACAUCCUUAUCUCCCAUCCCCUUCCACAGGGCCAACUCUGAGAGGUGGGCAUGGCCAUCUCAGACAUCAUGAUGGUGUCAGGUGAGUGAUAGGUGGGUGGUCCCUCCCACUUCUCAAAAUUGACACACAGCGGCGGGGGGGGGGGCAAGGUCUGCUUUGCCACCACAUUCCCUGGAGGGUGGGGGACAUGCUGGCGUAGUAGCCCCAAGCACAAUUGAAACCAACCCCCCUUCCCUUCAGCUGAUGUGACCCAGUGAUGCAAGCUGUGGUUUGGAGAAAAUGGCCUCAUGGGCCAAGAUGGAUGCCCUGGUGGGCCAGGAUUGGUCCACAGACCAGACACUCUCUGCCCCUGCUUUGAAAAGCCAGGACAAAUAAGGAGGAAAUUAACAGGAUGGAAGGAACUCUGAUAGGAUAGAAUGGGAAUACUCAACGUGAUGCCCUCCAGAUGUUGUUGAAGGGCAUAUUCCCCCAUCCCUCAGCAUUGGCCAUGUUGGCUGAGGCUGUUGGGAGUUGGAGUCCAACAACAUCUGGAGAGAACCACAUUGGCUAUGCCUGGGAUGGAAAAAUGGGGCAACUUCAGGAGGCAUCAGGGCUUAGAACGUCUCCCCGGCUGGAGGCCCAAACCUUUCCCUGUUGCAUUUUUCUGGAAAGGAUGCUUGGAAGAGGCCUGACUUUCACCAAAGGCCAGGGUAGGACUGGGGGAGGCACAAUAUAGCUAAUGAUAACAACCCCUCCCAUGUAGGAAGGAAUCCAAGCAGCUGGAAAUGUUUUCUCGUCGCUACACAUCUCCCCUCCCCACCCCCCGCCUGUUGCAACUCUGCUGUUCUCCCAACCAGUCAUACAGCACUGGAUUGUCCCAAAGGUGUAUUAAACACUUGGUGAUUGGACGGUGGAAUCCACAAAUUUAUGGAAACCACAUACCUCUGGCAGCCUCUCCGCAGCAUUGCUCGGCUGUCUCCGGAGAACAUUUUUUCCAUUGCAUUCUGAGAGAUUCUCUCUGGCUCCGUGGAACUUGUUGCAUAUGCUUAAAGCUGGCCACCUGAGCCCUGGACCUGCCAAAGAAUGACUUGGACUUGGUAAAAGGAGCUUGUCUUUCUUGCAUGUUGCAAUACGCAAGGGAGCCUUGCCUAGCAAUACGGUGCUGGUUAGUUCUGUACAUUUCCUGGUUGUUUGCGAGGCCCGCAGCUGUGGACGCGUCAAGACUUGUUUGUGUCUGUUACCAACAGCUGUCGUGUGUGUGACUUGCAUUUGUCAGAGCAAUAUGUGCAGAUAUCGUGCAAAGGUGCGUUCAUAGGCCCAUCCAGACUUACCGGUAGUUGUGCUUCUAGCAGAUCCACUGAAAUCGGUGGGGCAGAAUGGAUACAACCAGGUAGAUGUGGAGGCAGAUCAUAGCCUUUGUGACUAGUAGCCAUCAGCAGCCCUCUCCUCCAUGCAUUUGUCUAAACCUCUUUAUAGCCAUCUUGGUUGAUGGCUUGGUCAUUGCCUCCUGCAGGAGCAAGUUCCAUAACUAUGCGCUGCAGCCUUAGUCCCUGGCACCAUGAGAGACCAGGCACAACCCCCUUCUGUCUACUACAGCAGGAGGUAAGAACGCAUCUGCUUUUCUGUGUUGCAAGGGACACAUUUCCCUUACUUCUGAAACAGCCCUCUCCAGCUUUUCAGAGCUGGAGGAGAAAUCAGGGGCUCCGACUGCCAACCCCAACUUUCUGCUUGGAAUUGAGGAUAAUUCCCUGUCACUCGUUCUAAGCCAGGAUGUGACACCCCUGGCUCUGGGCCCACAUGUGGCUGGGAUUCCCCCAGCUGCGCUCUGUACUCUCACCUAGUGCUUUUGCUGAAUAUUUAUCCUUGGUGAGGCUUCUUGCUUCCUUCCUUGCUUAGAUGGAGGCUGAGUUAAGUGUGUGUGUGUGAGAGUGUAAAGCCCUGUCAUUUGCACGGCCUACUGUACAAAGGUGAGAGUCCGAUCUGUUGCUUUACCCACUGUUCCCCUCUGGUGCAUGGUGGCAAGUGACCACUGAGUUUGGUGGGGCAGAUGGUAGGGUGGCCAACAGGAAGUGGAAAUGGAGCCAAUGACGAGCAGGGCCAACUAAUUCUAGUGACGUUCCCAUCCUGCCUGCUGAAUUCUACAAGGGCAGCACCGUGGGAAGCUGACAGCUAAUGCAACCCUCUGGACUGUAGGCUCACAAUCACACCAUCCAUUUAAAGUACAUAGUCUCUCCCCCUGCCCCAAAUCACAGGAACACGGGUGGCGCUGUGGUUUAAACCACAGAGCCUAGGACUUGCUUAUCAGAAGGUCGGCGGUUCAAAUCCCCAUGACGGGGUGAGCUCCCAUUGCCCGGUCCCAGCUCCUGCCAACCUAGCAGUUCGAAAGCACAUCCAAGUGCAAGUAGAUAAAUAGGUACUGCUCCGUCGGGAACGUAAACGGCGUUUCCGUGUGCUGCUCUGGUUCGCCAGAAGCGGCUUAGUCAUGCUGGCCACAUGACCCGGAAGCUGUACGCCGGCUCCCUCGGCCAGUAAAGCGAGAUGAGCGCCACAACCCCAGAGUCGUCCUUGACUGGACCUAAUGGUCAGGGGUCCCUUUACCUUUACCUAGUCUCUCCCCCUCCCCAAAUCACAGGAACUGUAGUUUAAGGGCGCUGGAAAUUGUAGCUCUGCGGUGGGAAAACUAUAGUUCCCAGGAUUCCUUGGGGGAGGCCAUAUGCUUUAAACACAUGAUGUGGAUGUGAUCUAAGAAAAUAGGCAGGUGAUGGCUGAUUGAGAGCAGACUGAGGUUGGUGGGGCAGUGCCCUAAUCGCCCAGGUGAACCAGCCUCCAACAGUCUCUGGCUAGUGCCGGUUGCUUCUGGAGUUGCCGAUCAUUGGCAUGCGAGGUUGCCCGUGGAAAGAUGCAGCCCUCCAUCUGAAACCAGGUGCCUCUUGUUACUCUUGCCCAAAGAGCAAUAGACACUUGCCGUGGUGAGGGUGGUGAGCGCUGCAGAAUGGCGGACUCCUGCUUGUGAGUGCAAGACUUGCCUUCCUGUUAUGCUCAGGUCCUGCUUGGCGGCUUCCUUUAACAACAUCCGGUUGGCUGCCCUAAGAACCAGGAUGGGGCUGCAGGGUUCUUAUUUUCUUGCAGUAGUUUCCAGCCGUUCUGUCCUUGGGGCCCCUUGGUAUAAUGUUAAGUACAGCUAUUGGGGGAAAGAAAUACCUUCCUCACCCCCAGCUGCUUAAGGCAACAGUCUUUGCAGGUCGGUGAAACAGGUUAAUGUGAGUUUUGGCUCCCGAGGGGCAUUCAGCCAUCUUGAUAUGUGGGGUUUUCAGCUGUGCGAGAAAUCGGGAGAGGAGGCUGACUGUUGGCUCCUUGUGAGCUGCGAAGGGUUGGGUUUUCCAGAAGGGUUAAAAGAGCUCCCCAGUGUUGGGCGGGUGGCAGCUUCCCUCUUCCUUUGUGUGGUUUUUUCCCCUUUUCUUUCUUCCUUGAUUUGGGUGGAAGGGUUGGGGCUCCGCCAGCGAGUGAGUCAUCCCUUUGAAUAGCUUCACUGUUAAAUAAAUAACAGCACAUGGAAGCACUCCUUCUUCGCUCGCAGCUCUGUGCCAGAGGAGCAAUAGCAGGAGGGGAAAGAUAUGAGGCGUGUCUAGUAUAUCUAGAGAAGCAGGCGCCUGUUUUACUUUACUUUUAAAAAUUUUUUUACUUAUGCAACGUGUAUGGUGCUCUCCCCCAAAGCUGCUGAUGACACAACAAGAAUGCAAACUGGCACCUCAGCGUUCAAAACACAGUAUGCCAGUCCAAAUAGAUUCAUUUUGAUACUGUAAGCACUAUGAAAUUUUAAAUUCUAACAUAAAAUAUUAAGGUGCAUCAGUCAAAAUUGAAUUACAGAAUUGUAGGGUUGCAAGGGACCCCAAAGGUCAUUUAAUUCUAGAAUUGUAGCGUUGAAAGGGACCUCAGGGGUCAUCUAGUCCAACCCUCUGCGGUGCAGGAAUCUCAACUAAAGGGAGAGAGCAAAGUAGUCACGCAGUGACAACUUUACCAACACCAUUUUGAAAAAUCUGUUAUCAUUAGAUGCUGACCGGGCAUUUUCCUCUUUUCUUCCCCUGUCAUCUAGUAUCUUCUGAAAGCCAACGAAAGCCAAAUGAAGCAAGGACCAGACUUUCUGCAGAGCCUUAUCAAGUUCUAUCAUGCACAGCACAAGUAAGCGCCUCAGGAAGUCCAGCUUCUGGCCAGUUGCCCGCAUCACUUCCUGUGAAGGGGCUUCUUAAGUGACAGCUGAUCACUUCAUGUUUUGCUGUGGCUCUCUGACAAUGCAAGCUAACUUCACAAUGUUCUCUCUCGCCCUCCCUUUUUGAAACAUUACUUUUGCUGAUUGAAAACGACAACACCGAAAUAUUUCCAGUUUCUUCCAAGAUGGCUGGAAGGCGUCUCAGAACCUGUACCCAUUCAUUGAGAAGCUAGCAACGUCCUUACAUGCAGUAAGUCAUUAAGGGAUCUGUCUCAUCUAAAGCAUUUGCAAGGGACUCUUAACUGCACCUGCAGCUCUGGACUAAAGCACUGGUUUACUGCAGGGUGGGGAAUCUCAGGCCCAGGGACCAAAUUUGGCCCCCCAAGCCUCUCUAUCUGCCCCCCGAGACUCUACCCAAGACACACACCCCUCACUGGCCCUAGUUUGCGCCCUCCUUGAGUGUUUUGCCUGACUAGAAAAUAUCCUUGAAUUCUGACAAUGCCUCUGGCUGGCCUGCGUGGAGAUUAAAGAGGGGCUUGGAUGAGUGUGUGUAUAAGGAAUUAUUUAAGUAUGUGUAACUGUACUGACCCAUAUUCCUCUCUUCUGUUGUUCUUUCCAUUGUGAAGAGACUCGUGUGGUUUUUCACCUGUGAAGCUCCAUAAAUAGUUACGUUUGAGGGUAGAGCUGAAUUCUUUUUAAAAAAUGAAGCCCAGAUUUGUAGCUUGUGGUUUGAGGGAGUCCAUUAUAACAGAAGGGGUAAAACCGUCUGUCCUCCUUUUUGGAGAAUGAUCUGUCAAAUAGAAAUGUUCUGCAUUAACCCCUCAAAGUUUGUAGAACCCUACAGUGAGAUAGGUUUGUUCUGUGGGAGACUUCACUCUUGAUUUUGCCCCCCCUUAACUCCCUGGGAUUAAUAGAACAAGUCUCAACAGCAGAACAACGCCUAAGAAUGUUGUUUAGAGGUGGCUGCUGCAAUGUUAGUGAUGGGCUGGACCGGGUUUGUGCAGCCUGCACCCGAUUUUCCUCUCAGCAUCUUCCUCCCUUUCUAGCUUCAUCAGGUGAAGGAAGAGGAGGUCAAGCAGCUCACUCGCAUCCGCGACUCCCUCCGAGGCAUCCUGCAGCUAGAGAACAAAGGGGUGAGUUUCCUGUGAGCACUUUUUGUGUGUGUGUAUGUGAAAGAGGUUGCGCACACCUUCGAGAUCCCAUUCUGUUUUAGUUUGAGGCUGGAUGGCUUUAAAAGAAGAUGAGACUAUAGGUUAAGGCUAUCAGUAGCUACUAUUGUUGAUCAUUACAUUUAUUUUCCACCUUUCCUCCAAAAAAGACCUCAAGGGUGGCAAACAUAAUUCCCCUCCUCCUCCAACUUUGUCAAGAUUAAGCUGAGAUGUUGUGGCUUCCCUAAGGUAACCUCGCGAAGUGGGGAUUUGAACCCUGGUUUCCUGUGUCCUAGUCCAACACUCUCAGCCACUAUACCACACUGACUUUCCCCAUGAUAGCUGUGUUCCACCUCCACUAUUAUUGGAGGCAGCGUGCCUCUGAAUACCAGUAGCUGGGAAUCGUCAAUGGGAAGGCUGCCAUUGCACUCAAAUCCUGCUUUCAGGAGCUGCUUCUUACAGGCUGCUGUGAGAACAGGAUGCUGGACUAGAUAAGUCACAGGCCUGAUCCAGCAAGGGCUCUUCUUAUGCUCUUAUAUCACUUGAUUCAUGAAAUCAUAGUUAAUCAUUUAUGUUUUGCUUCAUUUAAAUCUGGCUAGGUGUUUUGUAUUGAAACAAGAUUUUUGCAUCACGCUUUGGCCAUGCAGCUGAUCUUGCUUAUACAGUGGAUGCUCAGGUUGCGAAUGUGAUCCGUGCGGGAUGCACGUUUGCAUCCCGCAGCGUUUGCAACCCAUGUCUGCGCACGCACAGGUUGCAAUUUGGCACUUCUGCGCAUGUGCAACACCCGGAAGUAAGCUGUUCCAGUACUUCCGGGUUUCAGCGGUCUGCAACCCGAAAAACCGCAACCUGAAGUGUCUGUAACCCAAGGUAUGACUGUACACACCUUUCACCUUUAGUAGAAUUGGCAGCGUCUAUACUGCUCCACCCAGGUCCUUGAGCUAGCCUUGCUUGUGAGAAUAGAUUGCCUCCCAAAGGGAUUUUGAGCCAGCGGCUAUGUAUCUGUGUGGGGAAGGAGGAGGUUCACAGUGGGGCAUCCCAUGUGUAGAAUCACUAUGUUUCACAUGUCCUUGCAACUCUCAGGAAAACCUCAGCAGGAAGAACUCCGGCAGUGGCUACAGCAUCCACCAGCACCAAGGGAACAAGCAAUAUGGGACUGAGAAAUCGGGUUUUCUGCACAAGAAAAGCGAUGGGUGAGAACGUGCAAUUGUCUUUGUGUUGGAUCUCCAGAAGGUGGUGGCCCAAAGCGAUGCAAAUGUCUCUUUGGGAGGGUUCUUGCAUCUCACUUGAGAUCCAACAGGUACUGCGUGCACUUAGAGAGGUCUCUCCCCACCACCCCUUGGAAUUAGGCUUUAAAGAAGUAUUCUGUUGUGGUGCAUCUGUGUGCUUGGUGACCCCAACAGUUUCUCCAGUUUGCACAUGAGGCCAUGGACCCCAAAAGGUCAACACCACCUGCUAUACGGGAUGGUUUGUCUGAACCAUAUUAGUGUUAGGAUUGAGCUGGUGCGAAGCCAGGAAGCUUCCCGGCUGAGUGGGGAUCUGAUCCCUGAUAUCCUCAUUCCUAGUCCCAACACUCUGACCACGAUGCUAUGCUGGCUUGUCACUGCUUCUUGAUGAAAGCUUUCUAUGUGACGCUAGUGACCCUCAGACCUGCAGUUUUUUGCCUUGAAAUUGACACGGCACAGUCUAGGAGCAGCUGUUCCUGCGUUUGAUAGCUCUGUAGUCUUUCCCGGGAUCCACCUUUAACCAAACGUGCAUGCGCAUGGAUGGACACAUACCCAUGUUUCAUCCAGCUGACUUUUUCUGCCACCUGUUGAAGAAUGGCCUUUAAAAGCGUUUGCCUGCAAUGAUUCCACUGCAAUAAAAUUAUUUAGCGUUUAGGAUGCAAAAGUGCUUCCCCACACACAACCAUUAACUUGGCGGGAUCCUUUGCCAAAAGAAAAUGCAUGCCAAGCCUCUAAAGAGAGGAAGUCCAGCAUUUUGCCAUUUGUGACUUCCAGGGGAGAUGAUCUGGGAUAUAAAACUGCAUUUGCGCUGCCUUUCUUUCUUGGUGUCCCAGGAUUCGGAAAGUGUGGCAGAAGAGGAAGUGUGGCGUGAAGUACGGAUGCCUCACAAUUUCGCACAGCACGGUACGUAGGGCUUAUGGGAGGUGGGUGUGGAAAUUCUUGCCCAAAGAGUUGCCUGCUUGCCUGAAAGCUACAGGUGUGUCCGCACUGAUGUGCAUUAAGGUUUUUUAAAGGAAUUCCUUCAAGGCUUUAGCGAAUGUGCGAUGUCCGGGAUGGGGCAGGGUGCGUGGUUGGGGGAAACCAACGGGCAGCCCAAAUGUGGAGGCUUGCAGGAUAGACUUGACCUGUGGCUGGAGGUUCCCCACACAAGAGCCAUUGUGUGGUGAAGAGGUCAGAGUGGUAACCCUAGAAUCUGGGAGAGCCUGGGUUCAAAUUCACACUCAGUCAUAUGAAACCCACUGGGUGUCUUUGGGUCCGUCCCUAUCUCUCAGUCUCUCCUCCCUCAGAAGGCUGAAAGGGAGAGGGCGAGAAAGUGUCUACGCCACCUCCAGCUCUUUGGAGAAAUGGAGGGAAGUAAGUGUAAUACCGUGGUACCUCGCGUUAAGAACUUAAUUCGUUCCGGAGCUCCAUUCUUAACCUCGAACUGCCCACUUUAGCUAAUGGAGCCUCCCGUUGCUGCCGGAGCACGAUUUCUGUUCUCAUCCUGAAGCAAAGUUCUUAACCCGAGGUACUAUUUCUGGGUUAGCGGAGACUGUAACCUGAAGCGUAUGUAACCUGAAGCGUAUGUAACCCGAGGUACCACUGUAAUAACGAAAUGAAAUAAAAUCAUUUUGCCUCUCUCGGCUUGCCCUGCUAAUAUCUUGCCACUCUGUUGAAGGUGGUUUCGGAUGGGGCCUGUGGUUAGCAGGGAGGCUGGGCCCCCAGGUCCCUUUCCUGUCUUUGCUUCACCUCUCAGAAUUCAUUUUCUGUGUUCCUCGGCCAGCUCCUCUUUCUCCAUUCUCUUUCAUCCAGUUGUCUUGUAGGUAUUUGUUUCCAAACACACUGCUUUUCUUUCCUUUGGACCACAUCAGCGAGGCCGAGAGGGGGUUCUUGCUGUCUGGGCAGCCCAGGGUCUCCAUAUAUACGACCUAGGCUUCCACCUCGGGGACAUCACUUCAGUGCUGCUAAUCCAGCAGUUUGACUUCACCCCCAGAGGUGCACUCCACUGUCUCUCAAGACAGAUGCGAAGCCAAAAGCAACGUGUUUCAUUUCUUUCCGCAUCCUAACUCGUACUGUUUUCUUUUUGUUGCCUGUGUGGUCCUCAGACCUUCCUGUGGUGGUCAUAACCACUUUCCCCCCUAGUGGUUAUGGAUUGCUGCUUGUGUCAGGUCUGGUUUUGUAAAUUGCACUUCGAUGUGGUAAAAUAAAAGCAGAAAACCCUAAACCCACAAGGUGAUUUGACCAGGUUUCAUAUGUGUCUAAUAUGUGGUUUGAAUAUGCCCUCUUGUGGUUAGAAUUGGUAUUUUCUGUGCCAGAGAAAAUCCUAUAGCAGGGAUCAGCAACCUUUUUCAGCCGUGGGCCGGUCCACCGUCCCUCAGACCAUGUGGUGGGCCGGACUAUAUUUUGGAACGAAUUCCUAUGUCCCACAAAUAACCCAGAUAUGCAUUUUAAAUAAAAGGACACAUUCUACUCAUGUAAAAACACACUGAUUCCCAGACUGUCCACAGGCCGGAUUGAGAAGGCGAUUAGGCCACAUCUGGCCCCUGGGACUUAGGUUGCCUACCCCUGUCCUAUAGCCUCCAUUCUACUCCUAUGUGGUACAUUGUAGGUACAGAAGAAUCUUGCCCAUUCCACUUACAUAGUUCUCCAGUCUGAAGCUCAGGGAGCUUGGGGCGAAUAGAGGCCAUAGGGAAGAGUCUGUUUGCUUACUCUGCUACCAUUUCUCUUGCCUUUUAUGCAGAUAAAUCGGCCUCCCGUCAAGUUAAAUCUGUUGACCUGCCAAGUGAGGCCUCAUCCGGAGGAUAAAAAGUCCUUUGACCUUGUGACACGUAAGUGAAUUUAAACCGCUGUACUUCAUGCACCCUGCAGGCGGGAUUGAGUGGGCGAGACCAAUGGCGGGUCUGACAGUCAAGAAGGCAGUUUCUGCACAAUGCUGUAGAGGAAAGCAAGGAUCAAAGGGGGGGUUGUCAACGUUGGAAGAUAGCUCAUCUAAGGGAAGGGAAGCUCUGAUCCUAAACCUCCACUGGCUUAUCUUUGGGAUAAGAAAUCCGGAGUGGAGUCCCUAGGAUGGUUGGGUGGCACCUUGUAGGCCUUCUUCCAGCAGCUCCUGCAGCCAAGCUGGUACCGAAAUUACUGCUCUGCUUUCCUUUGGGCCACGUGAGUGAGGCUGAGAGGAGGAUCUUGUCAUCUGGGCAGCCCAGGAACUCCAUACACACUGCCCAGGUUUGUGCCCUGGGGAGGUCACUGGUGCUGCUAACAUAGUGGUUUCAAUUCACCCCUGGAGGUGCACUCCAUUGUCUCUCAAGGCAGACGGAUGCCCCAAACGAACAACAAUGGGUGGGAUUCAACUGUGUUGUUGCAUGCAUGGAAUGAGGGCAUGGUAGCAUGGUUAACAUCAGUUUAUUGGCAUUUACCUAACUCUUACAGCUCAUUUAGCUACGGGUUGUUGGUUGUUGUUUUUUUUUAAACCCCAAUAUUUUCCUAAACGUUAUCAAGAGUAUUGAUAACAUCAAGCAGUUUUUAUGAAGCAAAACACUUACUGCUCUGCAGGUUGAGAUGAACUUUGCCCCAGAGGUCAGCUGCAAAUCAGUUUCAUCUGAAACUCUGAAAAACAAACAUUUAAAUAUGUUCAUUUUUAAAAUAGUGACUUGGGGGGUUGUAAUUUUUUUUUUUAAAAAAAUAUACAAUUUAUACUAAACCUACAAACAUUUUCCUUUCUUAUAAUUCAUACAAAUAUCAUUGCCCACUGCACAAUAUACAACGAUGCAUAAUAAAUAAGAAAAUGCAAACACUUGAACUGUAUCUUGGAAAUCUGUUGUUUCAAAACAUCACAAACAAUAUCAUUUCUUCAUGAAUCCUUCAGAAUUUGCCUUCCUGGAAUUGUUGUAAUGUAUUUUUUAACCUAUCCUUGAGAACUGUGAACUGAUGUGAAAGCUACAAAUAUAUUUGCCUGACUUGGUAUGUAUUAGUCACAUGUAAAGGGUUUGUUCUUAACUAUUGGUUGGUCUUUGGGUGAUUUGCAGUAGAUCACCAAGGACGCAUCACUCCCAGUUGACAGCAACAACUCUCCUACCCAUAAACAAAAACAAAACAAAAAAUAGAAUUCUGAAAUGAACAAAACUUGGGUGGAAGAAACCAGGACUGUAUUUUUGUGUGAAAGGAUUGUGAGCACAUUUCUGCUACCAAAUACAAAUUCCUGGGCUGAGACAACACUCACAGGUGCCCUGAUCUUUAGUUCUGUGUAUGCCCACCCACUUUGUAAGUCUUUUUCUUUUUUUGCAUGAAGUUGCACAUAUAUGCUUAACAUGUCUGCUCCUUGCUCUUUAUGCGUAGAGGCUGGGGGCUAUGCAGGGGUUGUCCCAGCCCUAGAUUGAGAGACUGUUCAGAAUUUGGCUUAAUGCAGACGACAAACCCCUUUAAUUUCCCCUGAUCCAAGCGGCAUUGUCAUCCAGCUACUGCUGUCCCACAACUUCUCCUCCAUAAAUCCAGAGAUUCCUUAUGCAAUUGAUAUAGAUCUCCUAUUCGGAUUGUCGAAGUGUAGGGAAUCUCCAUAUUAGGGAGAAGAAAUUAGGGGCUGCAGUAGUUGGAGGAGGGUUUGCAGUCUGCAUUAAGCCGCAGUAUGAACUGGCCCUGAUAUUCAGGCAGCUGCCAAAGAGUCUAACACUAUCUACCAUUUGGGAACAUGCAUUGGGGGGAAGUUCUUUGCAGCUGAGAUUGCAAGAUUCCUGGACUGAGCAGUUGGAUGGCCACUGAGCUCCCUUCCCAUUUUAAAAUGCCAUGAACUCUGGUUGUUGUUGUUAUGCUACAAAUUGAGAGAAGUUUCAUGCUUCUUUACUCUUUCACCCAUCCAAGUUUCCUCUCCUUACAGAUAACAGGACUUACCACUUCCAAGCAGAGGAUGAGCACGAAUGUAUUGUGUAAGUCCCUUGCUGCUUGUUCUCUCUGCCUUAGGCCUCCUGCCCCUCGGAUUGGGGAAAACUGCUUGUAGCAUUAGUGAGGGGAACAAGCAUUUGCUAAGGGGGAAAUAAACAUGUUCUUACUUCUCUUCCUGCUGUUACAUCCCUGGUUUGUUUUGGGUUUUUCUCUCCCAAAGGGCCCAUUGCUCAGUGGUAGAGAAUCUGCCUUGCAUGCAAAAAGAUACCAGGUUCAACCCCUGUCAUUUCCAGAUCCUGGUCUAAAACCUUCGAGAGCCGCUGUCUGCCAGUUUCCCCCAAAGUAUCCUGGGAAUGAUAGUUCGUUGAGGGUACCGAGAGCUGUUAGGAGACCCCUGUUCCCCGUACGGAGCUAAGGUUUCAAGAGUGGUUUAACAGUCCGUCCCUCUACCCAAGAAACACUGGGAACUGUAGCUCUCUGAUGGGAACAGUGGUCUCCUAACAACUCCCAGCACCCUUAACACACUACGGUUCUUGGGAAUCAUUUUGGGAAGGCUGUGAAAGUGGUAGGAUCACUGCUUCAGAUGUAUAGUGUGGGUGGAAUGUCAGUGUGGACAAUAUUGAGAUAGGUGCCCCCAGUGGUAUUUCGAAUGCCUAGUAACUUUUCAUCUUUAGGUAAUAGUAUCAUAAGAUCUGGAGGGCAAUAUCCUGAUAUUUAUAAAUAAAGCAAAUCUGUUUUGAAACGUUACUACCUCCCAACACUGACAAUUAUUUUUUCCAUGAAUGAAACAACCCAAAUUUUAUGUUUUGUGUGUCCAUGUUAAAUUCGUAUUCUCCUGUAUUGUUGUUGUUUUUAAUUCUUGAAUGUUACUGAAGUAUGUGCUCUUGUUUAAAGAAAUGGAAAUAUUUCUUUAAAUGUAAAAAAGGUCUUUCUUUAGUGACUGCAGUCACGAAAGGCAUUUGUCCUGGCCUGCAAAUCAAAUGGGUUCCUGAUGGGUGUUCUUUCCCACGAACCAGGUGGGUUUCGGUGCUACAGAACAGCAAGGACGAAGCACUCAGCAACGCUUUCAAGGGGGACCCAGGGGGGUGCAUGUCUUCGGCCGGCAGCAGGGCAGAUGGGGGGCUGCAAGAGCUCACCAAACUCAUCAUUGGCGAGGUGAAGAACAUGCCAGGCAACAGGCAAUGCUGUGACUGCGGAGCCCCAGGUAGGUGCAGCAGGGAUGUGGAUGCCAUUGCCUUGUCCAGAGUUUCCCAGUACUUUCCCCGCCUUAAAAUCGCAGCAGGGAGAAGAGGAAUGCUUAACUGAGCAAAAUCCACCUUUGCUCUGCAAAGCACACCUGCAUUUUCAGACCAUAAAGUCUUAAUUUUCUGGAAGGAAGAUUUUAGAAAAUCUCCAGAGAUUGCUGCUUUUGUGUAUGUGGUAGCCCAUGGCUAGAGGAUGUCAUGUAUGCUACAUGGUAUACUGUAAACCGUGAAAUACCCAGGCAAAAAUAUUUAGAGAAAUCUUUAGCAGUGAUAUGGGUAGUAUUACAUAUCUGAUGUCUGGUACAGACAUAUCUGUAAUGUUUAAUGCCACUAAAUUCGCAGCGAAGGCUGCUCAGCUUUAGACAAGGACAUGCUCAAACCUAAGAUUUUGUUUUUUAUGUACAGGGGUUGACCAUUUUGUACACGUCCAAUUGACAUGUGGGUCCUUUUGGACCCAGAAGAGGGUGGUGGUGGGCUUAUGGGCGCGCCACCAACACAUGCAGGGGCCAGGAAUGGAUCUCCUAUACAAAAUGGUUGCCACUUGUAUGUUUUUAUUUACUGUGUGGGUCAAGCUUUUAUUUUUGUUAAGAAGUUCAGUUCUUAAGUUGUUUGGCUACAACUGUAUUUGGUUGCCUUAAUAAAGGAUUUGAUUUGAUGCGACCUCUUAACAAAAUCUAAGGCCCAAGUCUCCAUAAGCCUUCUGAUCCAAUGGGAAUAUUUCCUUUUUUAUUAUUAUUAGUUUUUCAUUACUCACAAGUAUAUCUUUACAUCAUAACUUUACAUAUUACAAUUAUACAUAUUCUUGUUUUCAGAGUAUGUUCGUACUUAUUAUUGUCAUAGAUCGACAAGUAUUACUGUAUACGAAAAAGAAAAAAGAUGCAAUUUUAAAAUCAUAAUGUUCCUCAUAACUGAAUGACGUCUCUUCCAUUUUGUACUAAUCAACGUAUUGCCUAUAUUUGUCCAAUGGGAAUAUUUCCAUGUCAGCCUAAUUGAAAUGGAUGAGGGCUGUGCCAAAGAGUCUCUUAGCCAUUGCCUUCACUUCCAUGGGGUUUCCAACAACUUGUACCCACUGUCCUUUUGUAACCUGCUUACAUGUCAAGGUGGGAAAGGAAUGAGUCUUGGCAGGGAGAAAACACCUUUUUCAUGUAGCAUCUCUGUACUUGGCUUCUCUCUCAGAUCCCACGUGGCUCUCCACCAACCUUGGCAUUCUGACAUGCAUCGAGUGUUCAGGGAUCCACCGUGAGUUGGGGGUGCACUACUCCCGAAUCCAGUCUUUGACCCUGGAUGUGCUCAGCACUUCUGAACUGCUGGUAAGCACAAAGGCUGUGCGUUGGAAACAGAGUGAGCCUUCCCCCACUUCUGUUUUGCCUCCUUACUUUUCUCUUUUGUAGCGACACUGCCAAAGUUGCUUCCUCCAUGGUGGCAUCAAAUUCUUUGGCAUCCUGAACUCACCGGCACAACAGUGGGAAGCUAAAUCUGGUGUAAAACCAGGUAUUUUUGUGCCUACAAACAGAUUUUAAAUCUAGCAGGAACCGGCUAAGUGCCCUUGGGGUUGGUUUAGAUGAGGGGUAGAGGAUCUCUGACCCUCCAGGUGUUGCUGGACUCCCAACUCCCAUCAUCCCUAGCCAGCAUGGCCCAGUGGUCAAGGAUGAUGGGAGUUGUAGUCCCAACAACAUCUGGAGGGCCAUAGUUUCCCCAGUCCUGCUGCUUUAGAUCUCUUCUUGCAUGACAGUAGCUGCUGUGUCCCUAAGAGCAACACAUUGUCUGUAAAGUGACGCCGCUUGGAAAGGCAGAAACUUGAUAACCCAAAAUAGGAAUAGGCAACCUGUGGACCCCCUAAAGCUGCUGGACUCUAGCUCCCAUCAGCCCCAGCCAGAAUAGUCAAUACUCAGGGGUGAUGGAAACUGUAGUCCAACGUAUGUUCCCCACCCUGGCCCUAAAAUAAAGAAGGAAAGGCUCCUUGUGGAGAAUUAAUCAGGGACCCCUUUUCCUUUUUAUACUCUAUGCCUUUUCAUACCUUCAGGGUGGUUGUGGGGACUUAAAAUAUAUAUUGGGUUAGAAUGCCGUCAUUUUCUUUUAGCGUAGUUUAGAUUUUCAAGGAUAAGAGAAAGUAAUCGAAAUGCAUAAACAUAUUAUAGAAAUGUAUCCAGAGCAAAUCAUCCCAUCACGGCAAUAAAUACAAAAAGUUAAGCAGCAAAGAGUUUCCUAAAUCCUCUUAUCCCUGUCCUUCUCUAACGGCUCCCUAAACAAAAGAGAUUUCACUUGCUGUCCGGAGUAGAGAAAGGUGAGGGGAGGCCUUUUGCCUUGGAUUGCCUUACCAACUAGGCAAAUGGACACCUAUGGGAAGCUCUUCUACCUACAGUAUUAUUAUUGUCACAUGGCAUCCUUAGGCAACACCCACUGCUGAUGCCUGCCCUGGGCCUCCUUUUCAUUUUCUACCCCCCUGGCCAGACAGUUGGGUCUAGCCUACGUUCCCAUUUCCCACAAUGCCCUGUUUCCCUGGGGCAUUGUGGGGAGUGUUUUUAAUGGUGCGCUCUCAUCGCUUCUCAGAGCACCACUGAUCCUCCCAAACCAUUGUCAAGAAGCCUGGGAAGGCCUCUUAAAACAGAAGAGGGGGCCCGGCAGGGAGAGAUUUUGCCCAGGACCUUCCCCCACCUACCCACCCACCCAAAGCCUGUAUGUCCUCAAUGCUUCAUGGAGAUACGUCUCCCCUCCAGUAACACCGGUUCCUUUCCUUGUUCUUACAGCUGGCAGUCAGCAUUGGCAAUGCCAAGUUUAAUGAAGUCAUGGAGGCCACUUUGCCAGUCCCUGUGAGCCCGAAACCCUCCUCAAGCAGUGAUAUGUGAGUAGAAACUGAAACAAGCGGGGGGGGGGAGUGCAUUGGUUGUUAACCAGAAGGUUGGCGCUUCGAGCCCACCCUGGGACAGCUGUGGGCAGGGUUUCCUGCAUUGCAGUGGGUUAGACGACAGGUGCCGUGUUUGAGACCUCUCCGUCUUCCCUCCAUGCAGGAAUGCCCGUAAGGAAUUCAUCAUGGCCAAGUACAUGGAGCGCAAGUACGUUCACAAAGCAGCCAGGGAUGAGCCUUGCCGCCUCUGGGAAGCAAUCCGGAGCAGGGAUCUCCUGGCUCUGCUUCAGGCCUUUGCAGAGGGCCACGACCUGUCCAAACCUCUAGCCAGCCCCGAAGGCCAGGUGAGCAGAAUAAAACUGAGUGUGUGCGCAGGGGAAACACUGGAACGAGGUGUGAGCCAUCACUUAGCUAGCUGGAAGCAUUUCGGCAUCACAAGACCCCAUAAAUAAUGGCCUGCCACAUUGUGGUGGCUGGUUUCCCCAGCCACUCCGGCUGGCUUACAGCAUAUAUAAGGUAAAGGUAACGGGACCCCUGACCAUUAGGUCCAGUCAUGGUCGACUCUGGGGUUGCGGCACUCAUCUCGCUUUGUUGGCUGAGGGAGCUGGCAUACAGCUUCCGGGUCAUGUGGCCAGCAUGACUAAGCCGCUUCUGGCAAACCAGAGCAGCGCACGGAAACACCGUUUACCUUCCCGCCAGAGCAGUACCUAUUUAUCUACUUGCACUUUGACAUGCUUUCGAACUGCUAGGUUGGCAGGAGCAGGGACAGAGCAACGGGAGUUCACCCCAUCACGGGGAUUUGAACCACUGACCUUCUGAUCAGCAAGUCCUAGGCUCUGUGGUUUAACCCACAGCGCCACCCGUGUCCCGGUCACAGCAUAUAUAAAACAUAGUAAAGCAUCAAACAUUAAAAACUUCCCGAUAUAGGAGUGGUUGGUAGAGGCAGGGAGCCCAAACAGUAGAGCCAACACCCAGGCAGCUUACACAGGAUUUCCUUUGACUUGUGGUUGAUUGGUUUUUGUCCUUCCCCCACCUCAUCUGACUUGAUCUAUCAGAGCAGAGCUCUAGCACAGAAAGGUUUGCAAAGGAUUGCCUCUUUGCCCUUCUCAUAGGAACCAGGUGAGCGGGCUUUGCAUCUGGCUGUGCGCUAUGCCAACAAGACUUCCCUCCCUCUGGUUGACUUCAUUAUUCAGAACGGGUAAGGCUCAGCGUUGAGAACUCUCCACUACCUAUAGACAAGGAGGUAUGCAGGAAGGCAGAAUUCUGCACAUAGAGUUGUGCAAUCAGGUUCAGUUGGAUGUGAUAUCAGUCUGCUUAAUAGUGGGCACAGCUGGUGGGUGCUGGUAGAAAUGGAGCCACUGAGAAAUCAGGGUCACCCCUAAAGAAUCCUGGGAAGUGUAGUUCAUAAAGGGUGCCAGGAAUUGUACCCUUGUGCCAGGGAACUGCAGUUCCCAGGAGCCAUGUUCUUUUAAUGUAUGGCGCAAACGUGACCAAGGAAGAGUUAUCAAGCUUGCUUAAGGGAAUCUUGAGUUUUGCAAAGGUACAAAAUCUUUAGACACAAAAACUUGAGGAGAGCCCUGCCCUCCCAAAUAGCCUGAUAAGAACUGAGCAUGCUCAGUGGGCACAGAAUGUGAGAAAUGUUAGAAAGAAAUGUAAAACUAGAGGCGUGGGGAUAGAGAAAUGGAGUGUCCUGUUUGGAAGGAAUGGCUGACAAGAACCCUGAACUCAGAGGAACAUAGAAAGCGGCUUCACCCGAGUCAAAUCAUUAGCUCUUCUAGCUCAGUAUUGUCCACAUUGACUGGCCAUGGUUCUUCAGGGUUUAAGGCUAAGGUCUUGCCCAGUUUUACAUGGAGAUGAGGCAGACUGAACCGGCGUCCUUCUGCAUGCAGCCUCUGAGCUGUGGUCUCUCUACUCUCAUUAAGUUUAGUGUAUUAUUGUUGAUGCAGGUCCCAUUUGCAAAACGUAUAGGUGGAUUUCAACUAAAAUUUUGCGUUAGUGCAAGGGGAUUUCCCCUCCUCUCUUCCUCACCCCCCCCAUCCCGUGCACACACUAUGCCACCCCAAAAUCUGCUCUGGAGGGUUGAGGGAACCCCCAGAACAGAUUUAGGGAGAGACUGUUCUGUUGCACAAGAAGAAAUCCUGGUGCUGACGAAAUUAUCUGCUUAGUGCUGCGUUGCACAAAACCCCAAGACUCUGAAUUUCUGGCUAAUUCAGAGUUCUUUUCUAAAGUAAGGACAGGAAGGGGUGACUGAGAAGCCUGGAGAGAGGAGAUGGGCAUGGGGAAGAUUAAGGAGAUCUCCCCUGCAGCCAUGAGAACUGACAAACUAGGCUUUGUGUUUUCAGUUUCUUUUUUAAAAAAACCUGGAUUUUGCCCUUCGUUUGUCUUGUCUGUGUUCAGGGGAAAUCUGGACCGGCCCACUCCAGAUGGGAGCACAGCCCUGCAUUAUGGGGCUCAGUAUAAUCAGCCCAACUGCAUCAAGCUCCUGCUGAAGGGGAAAGCCUCUACAAAUGCAGGUAGGAUAUGGCCCCCAGGUGACUUCCUCUAAGAUGUGCAAAUACAUAAGCACGCUUCUCUUCAGGCAUGCACAAAAUGAGCCUUGGUUUGGUUCUUUCAUAAAAUGUAUACACUGCUCGAUUGCAAAAAACAUCAAAGCAGUUUGCAAAAUAAUAGUAAUAAUUAGACCAUAAAAUUCUUGGUAAAAGCAGUUAAAAACAACAAUUUAAAGUGUUCCGGGAAAAAUUGACGAUAAACUAAAAGCAGGUUAAAACACACAUCGGCAUUCUGGAUAAGCUCACCUAAACAAAAACGUUUUUAGCAGGCGCCGAAAAGAGUACUUGAUAAGUGAAGGCGCCCGGCUGAUGUCACUAGGCAGGGAGUUCCAAAGUUUAGGUGCCGCCACACUGAAAGGUAUUAUGUGGCACCUGUAACAGGAGCAGUUCUGCAGAUUGAAGUGGAUAUAUAUGGGGCAAGGAAAUCUCGGAGGCAAAGUUAUGAAGGGCUUUCUAUACUGAUAGCAGCAACACCUUGAACUCAGCCCCAUAGCAAGUCAGCAGCCAGUGCAGAUCUGUGAGCGAGGUGUUAUAUGCUGAAGCAUUCUGCACUAACUGCAGCUUCUGGCUCAAGCGCAAGGGAUGCCCACAUAUGUCAACAGCUCUAUGCCCUCUUUCAAGUGGGGGUAAUAUAUUAAAAUGCCCCUUCCCUCCCCACACCUCCUACAGCCUUGCUUUGUUUUUCUCUCUCUGUUCAGUAAAUGCAGCUGGCGAAACACCUCUGGAUGUGGCGAGGAGGUACAAGCAUGCCGAGUGUGAAGACUUGGUAGGUUGGGGGUCAUCUGUGAAACAUUGAAAGCCAACAUGGUGUGAUGGUUAGAGUGAUGGACCUGAGACGCCAGAGCUCAAUUUUUCGUUCAGCCAUGAAGCUAGCUGAGUGAUUUUUGCAGCAGGCACUAUUUGCUGCCCUACCCUACCCCGUGGGGUUGCUGUGGGGGUUAAAUAGGAAGGAGAGAAUCUGGUAUGUCAUCUUGAGCUCCUUGAAGGAAAGGUGGGCAUUAUCACUGUCCACGGCCACAUUCCAGACAGGCAAAGGCAUUUGAGGAGGGUGUGGCUAAGGACUGGUGAGGGGUGUGGCUUGCGGAGGGGCCUUGAGGUCCAGGCAGAGGAGACCCUGCAAACAGUGCUUGUUAGUGAGCUGGAAUUGACUGGCUAUGGCUACAAUCCUAAGAACAUUUACAUGCAUGCAUACUUAAUUUAAUCUGUAUGCCACCUUUCCCUAGUUCAAACGAUGCUCAAGGUGGCGUGCAACAUGGAAAAAAAAUACAUAAUCACAACGUAACAAGAAUGGUCAUAAACAAUAAAUAAAACACCCAAAAAUAUGCAACCAAACUGAGCAAUUUCCAUGUAAAUUAUAAGAUAUAAAAUUAAGAUAUAAAAAAAAUCAAUAACAGCAACAACACCCCCCCCCCCCAACAACAUCCCUGCCCAAGAGUCCGUUCAGCAGCCUCAGCUUUUGUAGCUGGAGUCAGUCAAGGUUCCAUCUUCCCAGGCCAGAUGGAAAAGGUCUGCAGGGAGCAUGUCUUCUGGGACUCACAGCCAAGACGGUUUCUGGCCUUCACAUUUCCUUGGUUGUUGAAUCCAUUGAGCUUGGUGGGACUUACUUCUGGGUAGAUAUGGUUUGCACUGUUAGUAGCAGACCCAUCGUUGCCUCCUGUAGCAUUUGGAAGGAUUCCAGUGCAUGAUUCCUUGGGGGGGGGGUAAGCCCCAUUGUGUCCCCAAGCGCGUUAGGUUUUGCAGCACUACAUCACUUGCAGGAACCAGAAGGGUCUUUCUCAUUGGUAAACUGACUAUGGAGUCUCUGUGUCCUCUUUGUUUACAGCUGGAGCAAGCCCAGGCGGGGAAAUUGGCUUCCCAGAUACACUUGGACUACGACUGGGAAACCCCUCAGGAGUUUUCUUAUGACAGUGAAGAUGAGCUGGAUGAGAAGGUGCUGUGUGUUAGGAGCUCUGACUGUGUUUGUCCUUAUUCAGAAGUGGGGAGCCCAGCUCCCAUCAGCCCCAGUCAACACGGCCAGUGGUUAGGGAUCAUGGAACUUGUAGUCUGUCCUAUGCAGUGUAAAUCCUCUGAAGGUAUUUCUCUGCAAACCAAAGAACUGAAGCUGCUGUAAGGAUGUCUUGCCCUCUGGUUGCCCUGGUAAAUGAUGUCCUGUGGUUGGGAAACCAGAGGGCACGUGCUUAUGAAAGUUGUUCUCACAAGAUGCUGUGAGGGUUUUAAAAGAUGGUCAGGCAUUCAUGGAGGGUAAGCUAUGUUCUACCUCCAUUGUCUAAGAUGGAACGUUUCUGAAUACCAGUUGUUGGGAAUCACAAGUGUGGAGAGUCGCUGUUGCACACAUGUCCGACUUUUGGGCUUCCCAUAGACAUCUGGUUGGCCACUGUGAGAACAGGAUGCUGGACCUGAUGGGCCUCUGGUCUGAUCCAAGAGGACAGUUCUUGGGUUCUGAGGGCUGGACCUACAUGGCCAGCCUGGGGUUGUACAAGGAAGGAGCUGGUAGAACCCUUCAACAGGUUCAUAAACAUUGCAUCCACAGUCACAGCUUGACUGUAACUUCAUUGCAAAGUCCUCCACCUGCCUAGACUGGCCCGUUUCUCUCACCCCAUUGCUUUCUCUCCAGCCACGCAAUCUCAUGGUUUGAGGUAGUCUUUCUCCGAUACCAGCUGGGAAGCCUCAAUGGCCAUCAUGUUGGCCACUGUGAAAAGUGGAGUGUUGAAGUAGACGGGUCUUUAGCCAGGGCUCUUCUGGUUCACUCCUAUGGCCUUCACUCUUGCUCGUGUCUCACAAAUCUCUUCAGAUGUGCACCAAUUUCGACACCAUUUGCUGCCUCAAAUUGGAAUGUGCUUUUGCGCCAUGGAGAGGCCCUUAAGACUCAGAGGAAGGGUUAGUUUCAGGAACUGGUCCUGAGUGCAGUGAAAGAAGGUAAUGAGCAUCUAGUACAGUCUUCUUCUGAUGUCAUGCGCUCCAGAUGUUUUGAGACAACAACUAGUAUGACUCAGUGGUGAGAGAUGAGGGAAGUUGUAAUCCAAUGAAGUCUGGGAGGCACUAGGCUGGGGAACAGUGAGCUAAGAGGUAUAGGGAUAUUGAAACAGAGCUUUGCUGCUUUCUCCGAUAGGUGAGCCCACUGCAGCGGUCUUUUGGGUCUUCAUCGUCUCCGACCACAGGCCAGCCUGCCCUCUUCCCUCCAAACAGGUGGAGUUGCACAGGUAUAGACAUCAGCAACAAGACCUACGAGACCAUCCUGGUCCCCUCACGGCCUGGCCUGCGAAGCUCAAAAAGUGAGGAGACCCCACCACCGCUGCCAGUCAAAAACCCCACCAGAGGGAAUUCCAAGACAAAACCAGGGCAGAGUGCUUUGGGUAAGUAGAGCCAAGCAGUGACAAGGCUGACCACAUGCUUUGCGCAAAGGUGUGCAUCAGAGCCCCAGUAGAAAAAGAGCAAGUCUGCUGCAAUUGGAAAAUGAAGUGUGUAUACACACAGAGAGACACAUAUUAUACAAUAUCUAAAUUCACAAUGUGGGAAAACCCAUGUAUUAUAUUUAUAUUAUGUUAGGUAGAUUUAUUGCUUUACUCUUGGCGUCCAGCACACUUCCCCCUGCGAGCCUCUGCAGGUCGUAAAGCAAUUAGCAGAAUUGCACAGCGUCCGUGUUGAAAGGGCAGUAAAAAAAGUCCCACACGUUUCUUCUUUCCUAGUAGCACUUUAUUUGCUCAAAAAUAGCAUAUUUACAAUUCAGAAACACCAUCUGAUUCAAGUUGCAUUUUGCGUCCUUCUCUCUCAGCUUGCAGCUGCGCAACAAAACUGCUUUCACUUUUCACUCAGCUCACAGCAUUCCAAGCUGCUUUCGUCACGUCCUGGCUUACUUCCCUUGUAAGCGCCUCCUCUCAGCCUCGAGACACAGAAGGUUAACCCUUCACUACACCCAACAUAUUAUACAUACUGUAUGUGUGUGUCUAUGCAUUAUAUCUUAGAUUAUAGCCAAGACCUCUACAUGGACAUUUUCUUGGGGCACAUUGGCUGGAGAGUUGAAUAAAAUGGAACCCAUCUUGUGAUCAAAUAAUUUCCCCUCACAUUAAUAUUUAUUAUGUUAAGUUUAUGUGUACAGACAUACUUUCUGAUUCUUACAUUCUGAUGUUUGCAUAUCCAGCAGAUGUUCUUGCCUUCAGUUUUGCAGUCAGUAAUGCCCUCCCUGUAAUCGCCAAACUCCUAAGCAGCUGCCUAUGUGCUCCAAGUAGAAAGAUCUUAGCAUCCAUUGGGAGCUUGUAUCCAGUAUCUCCAUUAAGCACUAAAAUCAUUGCCUGAUACCUUCUAUUUACUGCUCACUCCUUCCAGGUAUGAAAAAAAGUGUCCAGGAUAUACCCAACUAGGUUUUACUCCUAAUAGACCCAUUAAAACUAAAGGGCCUAAGUUAGUCAUGUCCAUUAGCAUUAGCUACAUCUAUACAUUUAAAACACAUGGCUUUCCCCGAAGGGUCUUGAGAACUGCAGUUACGGGUGCUAGGUAUCAUAGUUCUUUGGAUAUAGAUGACUCUGAGUAUGGCUAACAUUGACUACAACCCUCCAUCCUUCUGUUUACUUAGCCAAUGUAACUCUGAGAUCUCUGUUUCUGCUUCAGUAAGUAAUUCAUUUCCCAUUUCUUUCUAGACCCCUCAGAGUCCUUGCCUCAGUCACCAGAUGUCCCUGAGGGGCGGCACUCGUCCACUUCCAGCGUUCCUGGAAUGCCAGAUGGGGGCACGUCCCGGCAGCCGUCGAACUUCCGCAAUUCUGUGGAAGUCAAAGGCACAGCCUACUGGGAAACCUGCUCCGAAAAGGAAAGUGGCUCCCUGCGCAGAAGAUCGGACCCCAGUCAGGCAACAGUGCUACAGCCUUCUCCUGGGACCUCUCCAGAACAAGGACAAGCCAACCCAGUCAAGUUCAGGUGAGACCAGGAGGUGUCAGUUGUGGAAAGGCCUGAAAGCCAAGCACCUUGUAGGUUAGCAGUGGCUUCAAGGGUCUAGUCCAAGGUAUGGUUACCAUAAAUGGCCUGGGGAAAACUGAUUUUGGCACCACUUGCACUAUACUUUUAAAACGGUAUCGUACCACUUUAAGCAGUCAUGGCUUCCCCCCAAAGAAUCCUGGGAAAUGUAGUUUGUUAAGGUUUCUGAGAGUUGUUAGGAGACCCCCUGUUCCCCUCCCAGAGCUGCAUUUCCCGGAGUUCUGCAGAGAGAGGGAUCAAUUGUUAAAGCACUCUGGCUUCCCAGCAUUCUUUGGAGGAAACCAUAGCUGUUCAAAGUGGUAGGAUGAUGCUUUAAACGCAUAGUGCAGGUGGAGCCUUUGCUCCCUUCUGUCCCGCCUCAACCAAACUAAUGUUAUUUUUAGGUCUGAACUGAGUGCAGACCACCAGGCAUCUAUUGCUACCCUUGCUCUAGGGCUAGGCUGGAAAACCUCGGGCCUGGGGUUCAGGACUCACACUGGGCCACAGCCCUUACCAGCCUUGAUCUGCACCUCCCUUGAGUGCUUUUGCCUGGCUGGAAUGUGCCUUUGAAGCCUCUUGCUUGCCUGGGGGGAAAGCGUUUCUGGCUGGAGUGUACAAAGGUUAGAGUCACAUCUGUGGCUCCACCCACUUUUGCCUGUGGCGCUGCCCUUUCCUGGCAUGCAGGGGGUUCCUUGGCUACCCUUUGUUUACAUGCACUUUCUCUUCCCUCUACAGCUCUGAGAGCACCCGAUCCUAUCGACGGAUCAGUAGUGGCUCCGUGGGCAAGCUGCCUGGCACCCCACUUUCCCCUCAGAGCUCUGGUUGCCCAGAAGAACUGCCUUCCUGCAAGUCUCCGAUACUGGCCCAGACACCUCCCCCCGUGCCGAUGCCAAGAAGGUUUGCCCCGGUGAGUUCUGUGAGAUGGUGAUGCUGUCAGCAUUCGGUAUCUGGGGCCAAUAGUCAGUGUGCAUCCAUUUCAGUAAUCGAGCCAUUGAGAUGUAAGUUCAGAUGAUAAAGGCUGUUGUGGAAAGAGGUUGUGGUUGCCCCUAGAGGCUUCAGGCGAAGAGCAUGUAUGGCUGGUAGGAUAGAAUGAUGGACCUCUGGUGAGGCAGGAUGAGGUGUAGAACUUUCCUAUGGUGAUAUGUGCAGGCUAUAGCACAGGGAGAGGCAGGACUGUAUCAGCUGAGAGCCCAGAAACUUUUGGCUUCUCUUCCUCCUUGAUCUGUUUCCAUUCCAGCUGCUUGUUAGAAGAAAUCUGUAACUAAGGCCUAAUACCUGAGUUUGCUUUUUCCCUCUUCCCUCCCAACCCUGUUUCCUUUUGAGUUGUGUCUUAAUUGCAAGCCUUUAGGACAAGAACUCUCUUAUUACAGAUACUGAAAAGCCUCUGCUGGAGGCUUUCCUUUCCUCUUUUUCUUUUUCUUUUUUUUGGCUGAAGAGUGGGCAACACGUGCUUUAGUAAAUAUAUAAUAAAUUUAUUUACUAAAUAAAAUAAAUAAGUAAAUAGACUUGAGUAUUUACUCAAGUCUAAUGCGUUAUUGAAUCUAAUGCACACCUUAAUUUUCAGAACCUUGAAACCAAUAAAAGUAUUUGCUGGCAAAUGUAAAUGUGCCAUCGAAUCUAAUGCACACCUUGAUUUUUGCAGUGUAAUUUGGCCAAAAAGGUGAGCAUUAGAUUCGAGUAAAUAAGAUAAAGGGGUGCCCAGCAGAGAUUGCUAAGAACCCUAAGGCUAAGUGUGAAGAUUCAAACAGCUUAACCACCACCCCCCCCAAAAAAAUCCACAAUAAAUAUGCAUAUCAGGGAUGAUGUAGUCUUACAACAUCUGGGAGGGGGAGGUGUCACAGGUUCUCCCCUGCUGGCUUGCAGAAUGGGUGACAAGGCUUUUGGCAGGGUUGGGUAACCUGUGGCUAGGGGUGGGUAACUCUUCACCCUUUCAUCAAUGAGGUGCCUGUUUGCAAUUCUGUUUAGGCUUCACAGAACCACUGAAGGGCUGUGGAAAGGGAAAGAGGGUUGUGUAGAACUGACGACUACCGUUUUUCACUUUUGCAGGCUAAGGGACGGCCGAAGAGAGUCAUGGCCUUGGUUGACUGCAAGGGGGACAAGGCUCGGGAGCUGACUUUCUCCAAGGGUGAAGUGAUUGUGGUGACGCGGGAAGAGGAUGAUCAAAGUUGGGUGAGUGUUGCUGCUUCCUCCAUGGGACAAAGUGGGGAAACACUGUUCCUUCUAGCUUGGGAGGGAAGGAAGGAAGGCAGGCAGGCAGGAGGACGGUACUAUCGAAGGCAUGUUUUUUCCAACACGGAUGUGUAUUUGCAAUGGACCUUCUGCACCACCAUAAUCAUUUCCUUGUACAAUUGCGCUCUUUCCCUUCUUUACGAGUGAUGUAUUGAGGCUCCUUACGUCAUACCUCUCCCCUUCCCCUUUCCCUCCCACUAGUGAAAUCCAUCUUUAUAAGUGUGCCCGGUAUUCCAGGAAUGCUGUUCCUGACAUUUCCCCACAGCAGACAUCAGAAACUUCUUGUGCUCAUCAUACUCAGCAGUGGAUACUCUGGUCGCUCUACUCAAAUUUUGUCUGGGAAGUACUGGUGGUCGCUACGGACAUGUUGGUUAAGCAGAGAUUAGGAGGCUGUCGUGGUCACCACUGCUAUUUCUGCCAAUUGAAAGAGCGAGCCUCGUUGCAGGCAUAGCCCAUCAAUUAUACAGAAGGAAAAGAGCGCAGUCACACUCAAAAACAAUGAAAUGAUUGCGGUCAUGUGGAAGGUCCAUUGCAGAUUUGCACCUAAGAAUGUUUUUUGCGGGGAAUAAUAAGGCAGCUCCUAUGAAAGGUACAUUUGCAAGAGCCUCUCUUUCAUCUGCCUUCCCCCACCCCUUUUGAUCCUGUCUCCCUCUUGUUUCUCCUCCCCCCCGCCCCACAGAUCGGUUUCAUUGAAGGCGAUGGCACAAGAACGGGAGUUUUCCCCUCCAGCUUUGUCCACCCAUUGCAAGACUGAUGGGACCAUUUUGUUCACGUUCCAGCUGCAGAGAGGAGUCUGCCUGAGCUGCUUUGCAGACCUAAGGCAGACUCACCCCAUCUCCUUUGAGCCUGCUCUUCUCCAUAGGAUGCCAUCUGCGUAAUCACUUCCUUGAUCAUAUCCUUGGGAAGAAGCCACUGGCUUUGGCUUGGCUACUGUUCUCAUUGCUGUUGUUAAGCAGGACCAGGAGAAAGGACAGGAGCUCUGCUUGGUUGACUUUUUCUGGCUUCUUCUUGCAGCCUCACGCAACUGAGGUAUCUUCUCGUUGGCUGUGGAGGCUCCAUCUCCAAGUCAUCUCUGCCUCCGUUUGAUUUUCUCGCUCGAGACCAAAUGUACACUUGGGUGGGAUUCAGACUCCUAGUGCAGUGUUUGGUUUCGUAGCAAUCUCGGCUUCUGUUACGACAGUCACGAGGGAUGAACCCCGCUUCCAGGAGAAAUCUGAAAACAUGCAGCAAAUGCAUAUAUGCUGGAGACUUGGAAAACCAAGCCAGGCCUUUGGCAGGGCUUCAGAGCUGCUGCACAUCCUGCCCCAGCCCCAGCCCCAUGAGGAUUCAUUUGACCCUACCCUACCCUCAUGGAUCCGUUUUUGCAUCUCUUCAUCCAGUGCAGAGUAUCUUCACAUCUGCUGCGUGCAGACGAUUCUGGGAGCCUUGCUUGGUCCCAGCUGGCCUAGUCAGUUGAGAGUGCCCUUUAGGGGAAGGGCUGCAGCUCAGUGGUAGAGCAUCUGCUUUUCAUUCAUAAAGUCCCAGGUUCGAUUCCUGACGGCAUCUCCAGGAGGGGAUGAAGAAGGCCCCUGCCCAAAGCCCUGGAGCGCUGCUGCCAAUCAGUGUUGACUGUGCUGAGCAAGAUGGGCCAGUGGUCUGACUUUGCAUAAAGCAGGUUCCUGUGUGGCUAUAUCUGUUAAGCACCAGGUGUGCGCUGCUGGAGAAGUUGGAUAAUGGUGUGCAAACUCCAGGGCUUGCCUCCGCUAUUCACCUUUCAGGGACUGCGUUCUGCCAGGACAGCCACAGCUUUUCCACAUCUCAUGGAAGUCACUGCCCUCCAAAUGAAGAAGAUUGAUGAAGGGCAGAACUCAUGUCUGACAAAGCAAAGCUUUUCAAAGCGUUGGGCGCUAGUGGGAAGUGAGGGUAUCUGUAGCUCUUCAGGCUGCAAAAUGUCUUGGGGCCCAUAUUGACCAGCCUGCCUGCCAUUAUCACUCACAGAAUUACAGAAUCAUAGACUGUUUUAAGUCAGAAGGGAGCUUAGAGGUCCAACCUCCUGCACAAUGCAGGAAUAUUGCAGCUGCAGCAUCCCUGGCAGAAGCUGGUUGCACCGCUGCUCAAAUACCUUCAGCAAAGGAAAGACCACCACCUCAUGAGGCCGUCUGUUCCUCUGUCAAUUAGCAAUUAGUACAUGUCUCCUAUUAGCCAAAAUCUGUUUCCUUGUGACUUCCACUCUUUGGCUCUACUCUUGGAGCAACAGAGAACAAAUUGAUUUUCUACAUUAUGGAGCUCCUGAUAACUUCCUGUGGAAUCUGUGAGUUCUGUAGAGUAAUGUUUUGAAACCACUGCUGCUCGCACUUUGGAAGCUUUUCAGGCUGAAUCCAAUUUCUUGUUGUUUGGAUUUGGGCACCAGCCACCACUGGGAAGGCAGGGAGGCCAACAGUAGGAGGACCUAGAGCCAAGGGCAGAUGCAGAAAAGUAAUUCUAGUUUUCUCCCUGUCCUGUUCCCUGCUGAGUGGUACAGGGGCUAUGGAGGAGGCUGGGAGCCAGGACUGGUUGUCGUUAAGAAGACAAGCCAGUGUGGGCUGGCUGAGAGCAGACUGAAGUUGGUAGGGCAGUACGCCAUAAGAUCCAGCCCAAUAUUUUUAGAACUGCUCAGCCAGUUUGGAAAGUGCCCUUCUCCCGUUUUUGAUCCUCUCCUGCCAAGCUAUGAGAAAACCAAUUCUGCAAGUCUGCAGAAUGGUUAAAUUUUGAACAAAAAGGAAAGUAGCUGUGGGAGUUGCCAAAUUGGCAGUUCUCCCCGACAAUGAAAUCCCUCCCCAAAUCCCACAAUUAGGUUUGCAACUGUUUUUAAAAUGUUACUUUUAAAAAAAUGAAUAAUUGUGAAUGUACCACUUCAAACGUUUUAAGAGGUGGAUGGCCCAUCAGAAAGAUGAGUAGAUGUCUGAACCCGUGGGGUUGUCUUGCUGAUAGGUAUAUCUGCUGUGGAAAUAGCAAAUCCAGUUUGGCUCUCAUGGGUGAAGAACUCACUGUGACUGCCCUUUUAAAUACCACAUCCGUCCUCGCCUUCAAAUGCUCCAGUCUGGUUUGACCAGUUUUAAAGAGAAGCAAUAUCACCAUACAUGCUCUGUCCCUUUCCCCAGGGUGUGAAAAGUUCAGGGCAAUCUUUAAACAGCUGGUUCUUUUCCGCAGUGAGCACCCUGCAGAUUUCUUUGCAAAGGAUGAAUGAAUAAUGUGGAUGCAUCGGCCAGCGAAAGCUUUGCUGGUUCCAAAACGGAAUCAAACCAGGCCCCAGAUGUAAGAUGAUUUAAACAAGCAAAGUUGUUUUAAGCUGCUUUUUCAGCACCAAGAACAACCAGAGCUAAAUUUAUUAUUCUUGCUCAGCUACCAGCUGUAGAUGAGUAGCUUGGUGGGGAGAACAUCUGCUUUGUAUGCAGAAGGUCUCAGUCCCUGGCAUCUCCAGGUACAGAUGGGAAAGAUUCCCUACCUUAAACCCUGGAGAGCUGCUACCAGAUAUUAAAGGAUCCAUCUAGCUUGGUUUUUAUCUGGCUCAGUGCAAGGCAGGCUUUUAUGUUCCUUUUAAGUAAAGCCUAGUACAUUGGGCAGAAAGUCUACUAGCAGAGUAAGUAUUGUUCUCUCAGCCAACCCCAGCAUACAUUCUCCAGGAAGAAGGGAUGUGGGGACAAGGGGCAUUAUGCAGUUUGCUGUGUUCAUGUCUUUCUGCUUCGUUGUCUUGUGCCCGACAGUCCUGCGGAACUCACUGACACGGAAUAUGGUAAGGGCUAAUAGGUCAAUUAAGGCCUGUUUCAGUUUGUGGGGUUUCUGACCAAAUACAUGAAUGGAAUAACCACUGAGGUGAUUGGAUGGGACAAACAGGAAACUCCCAUUUUCAUUCUCAAACCUGGAUUUAUGUGUGUAUUCUGUGCACAGAAUCUGGCUUCUGGCACAAAGUAUGCCUACCUAAGUAUCCCAGAACUUCUACUUCUUUAAAAGAUAAGAUUCUAAUUGUCUCAAAGACAAAAAAAGAGGGUGAUAUAAGGGGGCUGCAACAAAACAUUGCAGUACAAAGUGCUUGUUCAUGAUUCCAGCCACUGGCAUAGCAAUCCUUGUACUCUAUCCCAAGUCAUUCCUUGCUGCCCAGCAGCCCUUUAAGAUCACUCUGUAAAUAUGUAAUUAUUAUGUAGUACAGGGGUUGCCAACCUUUUUGGGUCAGUGGGCUACAUUUAGAACUUUUUUAAAAAGUGCCUUAGGUCACAAAAUGGCUGCCGUGGGGGGCAUGGCAUAAUAACUUUGCUGUACUAGGGAGAGGCUGAGCCAGUGGAAACAGGAAGAGCAAACAGUAUCUCUCACAUUGUUGAUUUUUUUGAGGCAAUGUGGCACCCUUUUGUGGGUGCCAUGGAAGGUACUAGGGACACUGGCACCUAUAAGGUGUCAUCUUAGAGGCUCCUGGUAUAGAAGUUUACAUGUUAGCUAAUACUUUGAAGCUAUCUCAAAUUGAGUUCAGCACUCAGAGCAGGGGGGCAGGACUGUGCUUCAUUUCCCCCAAUUUCCCAAACUAAUGAAAGCAGGGCCAGUCUCAUCGUUGGGCAGAGUGGGGUGAUGGCCUCUGGCAACAGACACUGGAGGCAGCCCUCUCCAGCCAUUCCUCCUGAGAGUGCGCCACAGGCCUGCCAUAUACCUCUAAACUAGAUUGCUUCCCUCAGAGUGUCUUCCCAGGAACUUAUCUUGGUUUUGUUGCAGAAAUUUUCAACCCGGUUACCCCCUCCAAAAUUGGUUUGCACUGAGUUUAAAAGUACCACACCGGUAUUUGGAUCUGUGAUUGUUUUCUUGGACCAACAUACCAUCAGUCUGGUAUGGGGCUGAUACCACAAGUCUGCUGCUCUCUGAAAUACUGCAUUUUUAUAUAUAAAAAAGACAAAAAGUUGUUGGGAGAUAAGUUGAAUAUGCCAUCUGAAAAUGUACUGUUUUUUGUUCCUAUCUUUUUGUUUUGUUUCUAAUAAAAGUUCUGAUUGAUGAUGAUUUUUUUUA